AUGGAUGGAGCCCAUCCAGGGUGCCCUGGACCCCCAGCUAAAUCAAAGCCCCCUUUCUGUCGGGUCGAGAACCGCUCGCAAGAAUGGCUCACGCGUCAGAAUUGAGUGCACCUCCCAUUCCCCCAGCAUCUCUCAUACAUCCUCCUCUCACCUGUACAGCGCCACUCUGUGCCGUAGAUCAGGCCCCUGCAGCACCUAUGAGCGAGAGGGGGAUGGAGGUAGAGAGAGACAAGGGGGAGACUGAGAUGCAGGUGUGUACCACAGUAGAGGACACUGCACGACUCUGCCCUGUCAUUCAAAGACGAAUGAAAGGGUUUCCAGCUUUAAGAAAUGAAAUGCCAAACUCUGAGCCUGUGUGUGUCAUACACUCACAUCAAUGGGCCCGGUCAGCACCCGGUCCAGUCACACACACUGUUUGUCUCUGGCAUGCGCAGCGGCAUACUCCCAAACUCACACAUUCACAUGCACACCCACACACACCCUGACAGACACAUGAGAGCACACAAACAGGAUUGAGUCCUCCCUUUCUUUCUCUCUUCUCUCUCUCUCUCUGUACCUCCCUCUCUCUUCCUCCCUCUCUCGCUCUUCCUCUCCUCUCUCUCUCCCUCUCUCUCUGUACCUCUCUCUUCCUCUACAUUAUCUCACUCUCCUCUCUACCUCCUCCUCUAUCUCUCUUUCUCUGCUCUCUCUCUCCCUUCCCCUCUCUCUCUUUCUCUGUCUCUCGCUCUUCCUCUCUCUCUCUUCCUCCCCCUCGAUCUCUCUUCCUCCUCUCUCUUCCACCCUUUCUCUCUCUCUCUCUCUCUCUCUCUCUCUCUGUCUCUCUGUCUCUCUGUCUCUCUCUCCCUCCUGAGCCCGGCUGUAACUCCCAGCUCCCCUGCCUAGCUCCCAGGUCUUGCCCCUAGGCAUGGACCAAUUUACUGGAACUUGUGUGUGCUUGCGUGCAUGGGGGUGUGUGUUUGGCAAGUGAAGUUAUGCGAGGGCUGUAGCUGUUUUAAUCCAUGAUGAAGUGUAGCUGUUGCAUUUGAAAUGGCUCAGAGUGAUUACCCCUCCUAAGACCACCCCUCAUCCCUUUGUUCUACAGGCACAUCAUGUCACGGUUUCGGCCGAGGCUGCCUCUCUUCCUUGCUCGGGCAGGCUUCGGCGUUCGUUGUCUCCGGAAUACUAGCUGCCACCGUUGCAUGUUUCUAUGUUCGUUUGCUUUUGUCUAAUUGUUGUCACACCUGUUUUCGUUUAGUGAAUUAGUGUCCUAUAAGUUCUCCUUGGGUUUGUGUUAGUGUUGUGUGUGAUUGUUUUCACUGUCGUGCUUUGUUGCUGGAUGUUUUGACUAUUUGCUCGGUAGAGCUGUCCUCCAUAGUUUGGAGAGUUUUUUCGCACCUGUCUGUGCGCCCGUUUUGUUUCGCCUGCGCGCGGAGUUUCGCCUUCGGGCUAUUUAGUGCUUGCACGGUUAGAGAUUUCACUAAAGUCUUUGGAACUAUACUUCUGCGUCCUGCGCCUGAUUCCACCACCACACCCACUUACACAUCCUUGACAGAAUCACACACCUUUAAAUGGAAUCAGCAGGAGCCAAAGCAGCGCAGGCGACGCUGGAGGACAGGGUCCGCCAGCUAGAUGACCAGAUCCUGCGGAUGGGGUCCGCAUUGCAGGAGGUGAUCACCACCAUCAGAGGCUGGGAGACCCGAGGGACACCUCCACUACCAUCGUCCCUGCCCGCGCCAUCGGCAAGUCAGCCUCUUCCCGCUCCGGAACCCAGAGGAGUUCGACUCUCGCUCCCGAGGGCCUACGAUGGGACCGCUGCCGGGUGUCAGGGAUUCCUUCUCCAGGUGGAGCUUUACCUGGCCACCGUGCACCCGGCGCCCUCGGGGCACGAGAGCGUGUCCGCCCUGAUCUCCUGCCUUUCCGGUAAAGCGUUGGAAUGGGCCAACGCAGAGUGGAGGAGAAUAGACGCUAACACCAUCACCUACGACGAGUUCUCCCGCCGCUUCAGGGCGGUGUUUGACCAUCCCCCGGAGGGGAAAGCGGCGGGGGAGCGUCUGUUCGGCCUCCGGCAGGGGAGGAGGAGUGCCCAGGAGUUCGCCCUAGAAUUUCGCACUCUAGCGGCGGAUGCAGGGUGGAAUGAGCGGGCCCUCAUCGAUCACUAUCGAUGUAGUCUACGUGAGGACGUCCGUAGGGAGCUGGCCUGUAGGGACACCAGUCUCUCGUUCGACCAGUUGGUCGACAUGUCCAUCAGGCUGGAUACCCUGCUAGCUACCCGCGGACGUCCCGAGGGGGGUCCGUCCAUUUCACCCUCCAGCGCUUCCGAGCCGUGCCCCAUGGAGCUCGGUGGCGCUGGCGCUAGAGAGAGGAGGGGUCGGAAUACGAGGGGGUCCAUCUCCUGCACCAACUGUGGUCGGGGAGGACACACCGCGGCUAGGUGCUGGGGAUGGCCUCCUAGGGGGGAAGACGACAGGUCCCGCACUGGGGAGUCCUUCCAGAUGAGUAGGCGCCCCACUCACCCAGAGCUCUCUGUUGCACACUUUUGUAUACCUGUGCGUUUUCCACAGGUAGCACCUCAUUCCCAGCAUAAGGCGCUGGUAGAUUCAGGCGCGGCUGGGAAUUUUGUUGAUAAGCAAUUUUGUUUAGCCUUAGGGAUUCCCCUUCUACCUGUUGACGUUCCUUUCCCCGUUCAUGCCCUAGAUAGCCGUCCGUUGGGUGCGGGCUUGAUCAGGGAGGUUACAGCGCCACUUAGGAUGUGCGCGCAGGGGGGUCAUCAGGAGAUGAUCCAGCUAUUUCUGAUCGACUCGCCUGCGUAUCCGGUGGUGCUGGGCAUGCCCUGGUUGAGUACCCAUAACCCAUCUAUUUCGUGGCAGGAGAGAGCUCUGAUGGAGUGGUCUGCUCAGUGUGUGGGUCGAUGUUUGGGCGUUUCCGUAGGGGCUACCUCGGUGGAGAGUCCAAACCAGGUGCCCGCAUUGCACGUUCCCCCUGAGUAUGGGGAUUUGGCUAUUGCGUUUAGUAAGUCGAGGGCGACGCAGUUGCCGCCCCAUAGGCAGGGAGAUUGUGCGAUAGACCUCCAGGCAGGAGCUGCGCUCCCACGGAGCCAUGUGUAUCCUCUGUCUCAGGAGGAGAAGAAAGCUAUGGAGACUUACAUAGACGAAUCGCUGAGACAAGGAUACAUACGGCCUUCCACUUCCCCUGCGUCCUCGAGUUUCUUUUUUGUGAAGAAAAAGGAUGGUGGGUUACGCCCGUGCAUCGAUUACCGUGGUCUCAAUCAGAUCACGGUGAAGUACAGUUAUCCACUCCCGCUGAUUGCGACCAUGACUGAGUCAUUGCAUGGGGCGCGUUUCUUCACUAAAUUAGAUCUCCGGAGCGCGUACAACUUGGUGCGCAUCAGGGAGGGCGAUGAAUGGAAGACAGCCUUUAGUACCACCUCGGGCCAUUAUGAGUAUCUUGUCAUGCCAUACGGGUUGAUGAACGCUCCGUCAGUUUUCCAAUCAUUCGUGGAUGAGAUCUUCAGGGGCAGGGGGUGGUUGUGUACAUAGAUGACAUUCUCGUGUACUCGCCUACCCGAGUCGAGCAUGUGGCCCUGGUGCGCAGAGUGUUGCGGAGGCUGGUGGAGCACGACCUGUAUGUCAAGGCAGAGAAGUGUCUGUUUUUCCAGGAGUCGGUCUCCUUUUUGGGGUAUCAGUUGUCUGCGUCAGGGGUGAAGAUGGAGGUAGACCGGGUGUCAGCCGUGCGUAAUUGGCAAACACCAACCACUGUGAAGGAGGUGCAGCAGUUUUUGGGGUUUGCGAAUUACUACCGGAGGUUUAUCCGGGGUUUUGGACAGGUGGCAGCUCCCAUCACGUCUCUUUUGAAGGGGGGUCCGGUGCGUCUGCAGUGGUCUGCCGAGGCGGACAGGGCGUUUGGGAGGCUGAAGGACCUGUUUACCUCGGCCCCGGUGCUGGCGCAUCCGGAUCCCUCUUUACCAUUUCAGGUAGAGGUGGACGCGUCAGAGGCCGGUAUAGGAGCCGUGCUUUCGCAACGGUCCGGCGCGCCACCUAAACUCCGCCCCUGUGCUUUUUAUUCCAAGAAGCUCAGUCCGGCGGAGCGAAACUAUGACGUAGGGGACAGGGAGCUGUUAGCCGUGGUACAGGCCCUAAAGGUGUGGAGGCACUGGCUUGAGGGGGCUCAACACCCUUUCCUCAUUUUGACGGACCACCGUAACCUGGAGUACAUCCGGGCAGCGAGGAGGCUGAACCCUCGCCAGGCGAGGUGGAAUAUGUUUUUGACCCGGUUCACAUUCAAGAUCACGUACAUCCCUGGGUCACAGAAUGGUAAGGCAGACGCACUGUCUCGGCGGUAUGACACGGAGGAGAGGUCCGUGGAGCCCACUCCCAUACUGCCGGAGUCGUGUCUGGUGGCACCGGUAGUGUGGGAGGUCGAUGCUGAACUCGAGCGAGCGUUACGCACCGACCCUAGUCCACCUCAAUGCCCGGAGGGUCGGAAGUACGUUCCGCUCGAGGUUCGGGAUCGAUUGAUCUAUUGGGCUCACACGUCACCCUCCUCUGGACACCCUGGUAUCGGCCGGACAGUGCACUGUCUUAGUGCCAGUACUGGUGGCCCACGUUGGCGAAAGGAUGUGAGGGUUUAUGUUUCCUCCUGCUCGGUGUGCGCCCAGUGUAAGGCGCCUAGACAUCUGCCUAGGGGUAAGUUACUACCCCUGCCCGUUCCACAACGACCAUGGUCUCACCUCUCGGUGGAUUUCCUAACUGACCUUCCUCCUUCACAGGGGAAUACCACUAUACUGGUCGUUGUGGACCGGUUUUCUAAGGCCUGUCGUUUGCUCCCCAUGCCGGGCCUUCCUACUGCCCUGCAAACCGCCGAAGCACUAUUCACCCAUGUGUUCCGGCACUACGGGGUACCUCGAGGAUAUUGUGUCUGAUCGAGGUCCCCAAUUUACCUCCAGAGUCUGGAGAGCUUUUAUGGAGCGAUUGGGGGUCUCGGUGAGCCUCACCUCGGGUUACCACCCGGAGAGUAAUGGGCAGGUGGAACGUGUGAACCAGGAUGUGGGUAGGUUUCUUAGAACAUACUGCCAGGACCGGCCAGAGGAGUGGGCAAGGUACGUUCCCUGGGCCGAAAUGGCCCAGAAUUCCCUACGCCAUUCCUCCACUAACCUAACCCCUUUCCAAUGUGUGUUAGGUUACCAGCCGGUUCUGGCACCUUGGCAGCAGAGCCAGAUCGAGGCUCUUGCGGUGGAUGAGUGGGUGCGGCGCUCGGAGGAGACAUGGAACGAUGCACAUGUCCACCUGCAGCGGGCCCUCUGGCGUCAUAAGGCGAGCGCCGAUCUCCACCGCAGUGAGGGACCGGUGUACGCACCUGGUGAUCGAGUCUGGCUCUCUACCAGAAACCUGCCCCUCCGCCUGCCCUGUCGGAAACUGGGUCGGCGGUUUGUAGGGCCAUUUAAAGUCCUGAGAAGGUUGAACGAGGUGUGUUACAAAUUACAACUACCUGUUGAAUAUAAAAGUAUUAACCCCUCGUUCCAUGUGUCUCUUCUCAGGCCGGUGGUAGCUGGCCCACUCCAAGAAAGUGAGAUCAGGGAGACUCCUCCGCCCCCAUUGGACAUCGAGGGGGCACCGGCGUACUCCGUGCGGUCCAUCUUGGAUUCGAAACGUCGGAUGGGGGGUCUCCAAUAUCUAGUGGAGUGGGAGGGGUACGGCCCGGAGGAGCGGUGCUGGGUGCCAAGGAGGGACAUUUUGGACCCGUCUCUCCUGACGGAAUUCCAUCGUGGGCACCCGACGCAUCCUGCUCCGCGUCCUCCUGGUCGUCCCCGAGGCCGGAGUCGGCGCACGUCCGGGAGCCGCGCGUCAAGGGGGGGGGGGUACUGUCACGGUUUCGGCCGAGGCUGCCUCUCUUCCUUGCUCGGGCAGGCUUCGGCGUUCGUUGUCUCCGGAAUACUAGCUGCCACCGUUGCAUGUUUCUAUGUUCGUUUGCUUUUGUCUAAUUGUUGUCACACCUGUUUUCGUUUAGUGAAUUAGUGUCCUAUAAGUUCUCCUUGGGUUUGUGUUAGUGUUGUGUGUGAUUGUUUUCACUGUCGUGCUUUGUUGCUGGAUGUUUUGACUAUUUGCUCGGUAGAGCUGUCCUCCAUAGUUUGGAGAGUUUUGUCGCACCUGUCUGUGCGCCCGUUUUGUUUCGCCUGCGCGCGGAGUUUCGCCUUCGGGCUAUUUAGUGCUUGCACGGUUAGAGAUUUCACUAAAGUCUUUGGAACUAUACUUCUGCGUCCUGCGCCUGAUUCCACCACCACACCCACUUACACAUCCUUGACACAUCACUUUCCCACACACACAGACCACCUCCUAUGUUACACCAGCCUGUUACACCUCCCAUGUUACACCAGCUUGCACACAACCUGCAAUAUUCAGUCAUAUUCAUCAUCUCUCAGCUUUAAUAAUUUUAUAACAUGUCCACGUCAUGUUUUAAGUGAUUCCAUAUUCAUUUUGAAAGAUACAAGUACAGCUCAAAUCUAUUACAAAUGUCGAUUAUCCUUCUAUCAAUUGGAACAUAAAACAUCACAAGUCAUUAAGCAGUCAUGACAUUUGAACGCAGUUGAUAUGACUUCACACAGACACAAUGGGUCAGUUAGAUUGUGCUCACUGCGCUCUGUGUUAUCGGGGCCACAUGGGUUCAUUAUUCAACCUUUCAGACCAUUCUUCUCAGCCAGGAUCGCUCUUCUUAAAUUAACCUUGGCUAGAGGGGAAGCAGCUGUCAAACUGCUCACACUCAUCCAAUACAUACAGUACCAGUCAAAUGUUUGGACACACCUACUCAUUCAAGGGUUUUUCUUUAUUUUUUUAAACUAUUUUCUACAUUGUAGAAUAAUAGUGAAGACAUCAAAACUAUGGAAUAACACAUAUGGAAUCAUGUAGUAACCAAAAAAAGUGUUAACCAAGAAGGAGAAUGAUGGAGUGCUGCAUCAGAUGACCUGGCCUCCACAAUCACCCGACCUCAACCGAAUUGAGAUGGUUUGGGAUGAGUUGGAUCACAGAAUGAAGGAAAAGCAGCCAACAAGUGCUCAGCAUAUGUGGGAACUCCUUAAAGACUGUUGGAAAAGCAUUCCUCAUGAACCAGGUUGAGAGAAUGCCAAGAGUGUGCAAAGCUGUCAUCAAGGCAAAGGGUGGCUACUUUAAGACUUUUUUGGUUACUACAUGAUUCCAUAUGUGUUAUUUCAUAGUUUUGAUGUCUUCACUAUUAUUCUACAAUGAAAAUAGUAAAAAUAAAGAAAAACCCUGGAAUGAAUAGGUGUGUCCAACUUUUGACUGGUACUGUACACUCACACACACUCACCUAGUUUGCUGCCUAGAUAAAUAGUAAUUAGUGUGUGGCCAGAUUGUUCACACCAGUGUGCCUCAGUAACAUGCACUCACGAAUGCCAGCAUAGACAUACUGUACAUACAUGCAAAACAUAAUGUAGAAAUCUAUAGAAUUUUAUCUGGGCAAUAGCUUUUGUGUGUGUGUGUGUGCACGCUUCAGUGUCUUUGUGUGCGGGCAUGCUUCCGUGUUUUUCUGCAUUUGUGUCUGUGGAGGGCAGUCAGAUGAAGGGUCACUGGCUGGUGUGUGGGCUACUAGCGUUAAGAUUAAAGACCAGUGGUCACCGUGGGCGACACAUUAAUUGUCCGGCCUAACAGAGGCGGAGAUACUUUUUUUUCUCAACUUCCCUUCUGCCCGCUGUUUUAUGUCCCUAGUCUCCUUCCCUCACUCGUUAACAACCUUCACUCCUGCUUCGUUAGAGGCCCCUUAAUUUACUUUUAUUUGAUUAUUCAUGAGCUUGUUUAUCUGAUUGGUUCUCUCAUGCUGUGACUUGUAGGAAUGCAUCCUGGGAGAAAUAAAGACAACUAAAAUUUCAAAUGAACUCACAUUUACAUUUAAGUCAUUUAGCACCAGUCUUCUAUAUCCUUAUCACUGGCCCCUCUAGGAUUCCUCUAGCCAGAAACUUUUCAAAAAUACUAUUUCGAAGUCAUGGUUGAACUUUGGGUUAAUUACUAUCAUAACUUUUAAGUUGGGAACUUUGUUUAGUUGGAAUCUCUAAAUUCCCCUGGCUGGAGUGAGAUGGGGUUUGAGGGUGGUGGGCGGUGGGCUCUGUAGUGUCUGACUGAGCCCUUCUCAGAGUGGAGCUGCUUGGAGAGAAAGAGAAAGAGAGCUCACGCUGAACAGAGGGAAUUCUGGGAUGAAGCUCCCAGCCUUCAUGAAGGAUGACAGCCCAGGGGUUCAGUGUGAUUAUGAGGUCACACUGGAACAAGAAAUAACAUGGUGAAAUUAUUAUUUUCUCAGACAGAUUAACCUUCAGAACAGAUUUGCUAAGAAUCGAUUUAACUAAGAAUCAGAAUAGUUUCAGUCAGAGUGGGAGAGGAGAGGGGAUAUUACACUCCACUGUAGAUUAACCGUAGAUUAACCAGGGAUAGAUUAACUAAGAAUAACAGAGUUGAAUUACCCAGCUUUCAGUUUUACUGUACUUGCAGUAAAUCCACUGUGCGUGUGUGUACGUGCACGUGUGUGUUUUCUGCUCAUAGAAACGGACACCUGAGUUGCUGUGGAUUGAAACAUAUAUUCGUUCUCCCAGAGACAUUGGCUUCUGUUUUUUGGCCUCCUAAACUGCUUGUCAUCCACAGACAUACACUAGCACAGGAGUACAGAACAGCUUGACAGUUAAAACAGUGCGUGUUUUUUAGCACCGGCGGCAGAGACAAAGAAGCUUAUGACACGCGGUUUGUUCAAAUGCCACCAUUCUGCAGGGUUUUCACGGUUCACUUUGACCAUUCGUCCACUUAAACACACCUCUAAAACUGUCCUGGAGGCAGAAGGUAUUACUACAUCAAACGGCUUCACCUGAUGUAGGAUCUUAAUUUGAGCCAGUUUGCCUCAGCAGGAAAAUAAUCCUGCAGCAACAGGAAAUGUGAAUUAUUAUGUGGAUUAUAAUUCAUGGAUAUUUUUUGUAGGGGUUGAUACAUUUCACAUUAGGGCAAAUCAAGUCUGACAUUUUAAAGUGGAAGUUACAAACUUUAGAAGCCUUUUUAAACAUUGAAUACACUACAAGUUUGCAUUUCCUGCUGUGAAUGAAAAUGCUCAUCAACAAAAGAGUGAUCAAAUUAAGAUCCUACAUUUGUAGGCCUUUUACACAACCCUGGCCUCUACAAACACAUACAACUACACACUUCUACUGAUGGGGCUGCUUGUGAUGGUACUAUCUGACCCUAUUUCAACACAUAUUGUAGGCCUAUGUGGUGGGCCUGAGCAAUAUGGCUGAUGGUUAUAAUGUUUUGGCUGGUUUCAUUGCUUCCCCUUGCCAUUCCUUAGAGAUAUAGCUAGCAUUGUCUUUCUCAUUGUGUGAGCUGAUAAUGGAAUAAUUAGAGAUUUGUGCUUACUGUAAGAUGUUGCACUAGCCCCUCCCCAUGCAGUCAGUACUCCGCAUCUUGUGUGAGAGUGUGUAUGUGUCUGUAGCUCGUAUACACUCAGGGAGCUGGGUGGGCAGUGGGGAGGAAGUCUGUCAGACUGCAGGCCCUGUAGGAUGUGACCUUAACCCACGCUAAGCUAACCAAUAAGGGCCCACACGUGGGAUUCCUCCCCGUGAGCUAAACACUAAUGCUAGCACUCUGUUGGGCCAGAACACACAACACCCUCCCUGACUGAGAGACAUAUAUACACACACACACGCACAUUUACUGUACGUACACGUAUGCUGCGUCGCGAAGAGAGAAAUAUUAUCUGUGAGUGAUUUAUGAGCUGACCUUAUCAUGCUGAUAUAUAAAUAAACCUGUCUCUUAGAGACACGGCUGUAUUCUGGGCUGAAGUUAAGGCCCCGCUAGUUUCAGAUGCAUGCUCUUUUGCAAUUUCGACUUGCACUUCUCUUGCACUCUGUUCUUUUCCAACCCUGGCGCCAGGCUUGGUAAUUUACCUUAUUAUAAGAGCUCGCUUGCGGUGAGGUGGGAGGGGUGGAAAUAAUUGAGGUGUGUCCUUACAAAAUGUUUUAAAGCAGUGCUAAUAGCUAAAUGUCCCCAAAUUAAUAUAGAGUUCAGAGUUCGUUUUGAUAUUUCAACCUGCGUGUCCUGAUCACGUCUGGUGGGGGUAGACAAACUCAAUAUGCACACGAUGGCGGAUGCAUGCACGGCGACGUGUGCACACAUUGCCUUUUGCUCAUGCAACGAGAGAUGUGAUUUUUGAUAUCAUGCUUCUGACCCGACCCUAUUUAGAAAUAUUGUUGUUGUUUUAACAAACAGAUUGGUUUUUAAUCAAAUUAAAUGAAAAAUAAUCAAACUAAUUUUAACGAUUCACCGUCCAUGAGUUUGUUGAGAACAUACAUGGCUCGAAUGCAAUGCAAUUUUAUCUGCUAUUUCUGUAGAAGUGCAAAUAUGAUCUGUAAGAUGGUUUCGUUAUGUUUAUAAAACAUUACAUUUGGGAGCAUUAUAACAGUGAGUGGACAUUCCCCCUUUCUCUUUAUAUUGGAUCUUUGUCCCGCUCCUGUGAAAAGUUUGGGUGUGCAUAAAACCCUCCAUAGUCUUAAGUUGCCUUGUCUGUAGGCCUAUAAUACGCCCACGGGGAGCAAUUAUUACAUUUACAUUUACGUCAUUUAGCAGACGCUCUUAUCCAGAGCGACUUACAAAUUGGUGCAUUCACCUUAUAGCCAGUGGGAUAACCACUUUACAAUAUGUGUUUUGUUGUUUUUUGGGUGGGGUAAGGGGGGGUAGAAGGAUUACUUUAUCCUAUCCCAGGUAUGGUGCCUGUAACUAUUUAGACAGCCUAUUUAAAACAAAUUGUUGUUUUGUUUUUGAUUAUAUACUGUCUUUUUAGGCCUUAUCAAUAGCCUAGUGAAUUUAAUCUUGCUCAUUGACUAUGCUUGGCAUGCCUAUGUCCAAACUGCAAUUUACAGUGUGGUGUGUGUGUGUGUGGUGUGUGUGUGUGUGUGUGUGUGUGUGUGUGUGGUGUGUGUGCGCAGGGAGGGGAGUCUAAGAUCGUCUGCCCCCUGCUAUAUAAAGAGCUGCUGGGGUCUUAUUGAAGCACUUGUUAUUGACAGCUCCUGGGUGUGUAAUUCAUCAUGCUGUCUCCAGGAAAGACCCAUGCUAUGGGUUGCUAUGGAGCCCAUGCUCUGACUGCCAGCAGCUCAUACCACAGCAUUACUGCUCUCAAAUGGAUCCUUCUGUCCUGCUUACUGAUUGAUCAAGGAAUGACCACACUUAUUUGGAUAGUACUUUUACUAUUAACGAUGGACGACAAUGGCACAGACAAAAUGGCAGCCACAAAGCGUCCCUUUCUGUAAUGAUUUUUCAGAACAUUUGAUCAUUAAGGUCAUAAACCCUUGAGAGAUUGGAGAACAUGAUUCCCCCCCAGUGGGGUUUUAAGAGACUUGAGAGGGUUGUUAGUAACGUUGCUUAGAAACCAAGUGGUAUUUUGGCCAGGGCACAUUUAGUAUUUUAUUUUUUUAAGAAAAUGUUGUUGGAUCCAUUUUCAUAAAAGCGAUAAUAUUAUGCGUAUGGCUGGGGGGUUGCUGCUAGUAAUGCCCUCCAGGUGUGUUGCCCAUAUUAAUGAUGGCCUACCACUGCAUCUUUUGCGCUAUCACUGUACUGUCAUCCAGUAGCAUAACUACCUUCUCCUGCUCUCUAAUCUGUGGGAGUGAAAACUGGGUGAAAAUGGGGUGUUUAUGAAGGUGUGGUCGAUGCAGCCAUAGCUAUGUCUCCCUAUCGUUGUUUUGUGUAUCAUAUUCCUUUCAUUUGCUUCUCUUUGUUUUGUCUUGUUUUUCGGGGGUGGGAGUGUGGGGUUAAAAAAACAAAUGCAUAUUUAUGAAAUCUAAUUUCAGCCCACUAGCCAAGUACGAUAUGCAGCAGGCCCUAAUUAUAUCUGAUAAAUAUGCAUGACUAACGACAUUUGAGGAUCUCCAAUAAUCAGAGCAUAGACGGAGAGAUCUCAUUAAAACACAAUGGCAACUCAUAUCUGGAUGCAGUCGUGAGGUAUAUACACCCUGAGAAACCAUUAUAGUAUAGCAGUACAUCAAGUAUAGCAGUAUAGCAGUACAUCAACAACAAUAUCACAGCACCAUCAUGUUGAGAAACAGAUCCACACUUGGAUCAACACAGAUCAAUACACAAAUCCUUAGUAAUCAAGUAUAGGAAUUCCAAUCGUCCACAACCACAUCUCAAAAACCAAUGGGCUGAAACCUAAAGGUUUAAAUGUAUCAUGCUUUAUCAUAAUCUCUGUCCUGUUACCCUCAUAUACAAUGUUAAACAGGAAGAUGUACUCUGGCUUUUACACCUGCCAAACUGGGAUCAUAAUCAUCAUCGUCGUGCUUCAUUGUUUUAAUGGGCCAUAUUUAAAACAGGACAGUUAGUUGUUGGCUGGCAAACCGAUGGCAUAUCGGUCUGAAGAGGUCUCUCAUCUGGGUGUAAAUCUCUGUGAGAUAGGUUGGCACCUGACUCCUUCCUCUGCCUCUCCACUUGACGGUCUGAGAUACCAACCUAGGAACGUCUUUUCAAAUCACACAUUCUCACUCCAUUAUGACCCACACAAUGUUUUACCUUUUUAAGAACAGAUACAGUGUCACUUUUUCCAUUUAUCUCUUGUAAUCAAAUGUAACAUUUCACACUAUUGCUCUUAUUGUUAAAUAUAUUUCUUUUUUUUUUACUACAUAGAUUCAAAUAACGUGUGAAUCUUAAAAUUACAGACAUUUAGAGUAAGAGUGACACUUUUUCCAACUUUAAUAUUGCAGAUAGAUUGUGGCUUCUAUCAAUGUAAUUGUCUGCAUCAUUUCCAAUCCCCCGUAUAUAUUUAAAUAUAUUUUCCUUUAUUAUUUUCCCCUAACCCUACCAUACCUCCCCUAAUUGGAUUAAACUAAUGGACAACAAUACUUAGGCUUCUACUUCCAGCUUAUACAUACUAUAUACAUUUUACAGGCACAGUAUAUUUUAUAUUCUAUAUACAUUUUUUUUGUUGUUGUUGUUUUUAGGCCCAGCCUUCAGCUACCCUCAACCCCUCCCAUCUAUCUCUGAAGACCAUCUGUCUCUGAAGACCUUUCCUAAUUGCCAUAUAUUCUUCAACUGUACUGUGAUGUUUGACAAAAGUUCUGAACCUUUCUAUUCUCAUAGUUUCUACAGAUUGUAAAUUAAAGAUAGACAUUUUUGCUAAGAGUAUUGAUCGAUUUCACUAUGACUUUUCAAAUCACCCAGCAGUACUAUUUGCAGAGUUCGCUCCAGGUAAAUGUUGCAAUUCUUUAGCCUUGAACCUGUGACCAAAAACAAACUACAUAUGGGCAGUUCAAAAACAAGUGAUCUAAUGAUUGUGUCUCUUCACAGCAAAAUCUGCAGAGCUGGGAUGGUUGUAUCCCCCAUAUACAGUGCAUUCGGAAAGUAUUCUGACCCCUUGAAAUGUUCCACAUUUUGUUACAUUACAGCCUUAUUUUAAAAUGUAUUAAAUAUCUUUUUUUCCUCAUCAGUCUACACACAAUAUUAAAAAAAAAAACAGAUACCUUAUUUACAUAAGUAUUCAGACCCUUUGCUAUGAGACUUGAAAUUGAGCUCAGGUAUAUCCUGUUUCCAUUGAUCAUCCUUGAUGUUUCUACAACUUGAUUGGAGUCCACCUGUGCUAAAUUCAGUUGAUUGGACAUGAUUUGGAAAGGCACACACCUGUCUAUUUAAGGUUCCACAGUUGACAGUGCAUGUCAGAGCAAAAACCAAGCCAUGAGGUUGAAGGAAUUGUCCGUAGAGCUCCGAGACAGAAUUGUGUCGAGGCACAGAUCUGGGGAAGGGUACCAAAACAUUUCUGCAGCAUUGAAGGUCCCCAAGGACACAGUGGCAGCCAUCAUUCUUAAAUGGAAGAAGUUUGGAACCCCCAACACUCUUCCUAGAGCUGGCCGCCAGCCAAACUGAGCAAUCGAGGGAAAAGGGCCUUGGUCAGGGAGGUGACCAAGAACCUGAUGCUCACUCUGACAAAGCUCCAGAGUUCCUUUGUGGAUAUGGGAGAACCUUCCAGAAGGACAACCAUCUCUGCAGCACUCCACCAAUCAGGUCUUUAUGAUAGAGUGGUCAGACAGAAGCCACUCAUCAGUAAAAGGCACAUGACAGCCCACCUAAAAGGACUCUCUGACCAUGAGAAACAAGAUUCUCUGGUCUGAUGAAACCAAGAUUGAACUCUUUGGCCUGAAUGCCAAGCGUCACGUCUGGAGGAAACCUGGCACCAUCCCUACGGUGAAUCAUGGUGGUGGCAGCAUCAUGCUGUGGGGAUUUUUCCAGUGGCAGGGACUGGGAGACUAGUCAGGAUCGAGGGAAAUAUUUAACAGAGCAAAGUACAAAGAGAUCCUUGAUGAAAACCUGAGACUGAGACCUGAAAAUAGCUGUGCAGCGACGCUCCCCAUCCAACCUGACAGAGUUUAAGAGGAUCUGCAGAGAAGAAUGGGAGAAUCUCCCCAAAUACAGGUGUGCCAAGCUUGUAGCGUCAUACCCAAGAAGACUCGAGGCUGUAAUCGCUGCCAAAGGUGCUUCAGCAAAGUACUGAGUAAAGUGUCUGAAAACGUAUGUAAAUGUAAUAUUUCAGUUUUGUAUUUUUAACACAUUUGCAAACAUUUCUAAAAAACGGUUUUUGCUUUGUCAUUCUGAGGUAUUGAGUGUAGAUUGAUGAGGGGAAAAAACGAUUUAAUCCAUUUUAGAAUAAGGCUGUAAUGUAACAAAAUGUGGAAAAAGUCAAGGGGUCUGAAUACUUUCCGAAUGCACUGUAUAUAACAUUCUAUUGGUUGCAAGAAUUUUGUAUAAUUAAAUUGAAAAACUAUACAUUUUGAAUCAGGUGUCGUUUUGUGUAUCAGUUCAUAAACCAUGUGCCAUGGAAUCGGCACAUCGAAAAUCUCUUCCCAACUAUUUUGUGAUCUAUAUGGUGCAGCUGUCAAUUUUUUUGUCCUCAAAUUAAACUGGUAUACUUUUUUAUUUAUCACAAUUUUCUUUAACCAAUUUUGGUCUUUAAUGCAGGGCCGACAGAUAAGUUCCUUACCUUCUCCCCUUCCACUUGCCUCCUCCAUUUUUGCAGGAAAUGCUGCAAUCAGUUGGUUGUAAUUUUGGAUAGAGAAGACAUUUCCAUAAAUUUUUGUUUACUGCAUGUGUGACAACUCCACCAGUCCUAUUUAUGAUAUCAGUUACGAAGAUUAUACUGUUUAAAAACACAUUUUUCAAAAAAGAUUAACCAUAAUAUUUGUUCUAAUAUUUGUCCUGUCUUUUCUGGUAGACUAAAAAUAGCCAUAUUUUGGAAACACUAUAUCCCUGACUCAGUUGAAUGUGUAGGCUACAGCAUAGUCAAUAACAUCCAUUCAGUAUAGCGGUUUCAUUUCCAUGACAUUUACAGGCACCGUUACAGACAGCCUAGCCUGCCGGUCUUAAAAUGGAGUCAGAUGCUUGUUAAUGAAUUGUUGUCUUUACAGGCAGCUAGCUGGCUCCUUUCUCCCUUCCCUCAGCCUGAUAGGGCUCACAUCCUCAUCUUGUCAUAGCGUGUUGUAGCAUCAUAUGCCAUCACUCUAGCGUGUUAGAGUCUGUCAUCAGGUGGAGUGGCUGCAGCAGGGGAGGUGAGGGGUGGUGUAGAGGUGGGGUGGGGGGUAUUCAGCAGACAGUGAGCGCCAGCCACAUAAAGCCUUUAUCACGCCUAAACGACUCCAUCUCCCAAAGCCAGGGCCAGAUUAGCGCCGCCCAUUCGAGUGGAACCAUGAGAAGGCAGUAACCAACUAAACAGAGCUGUGAGGGGGAAGCCAACAUAGUCGCACCGGAGGGGGAGAGAGAUGUCACGCUUUUUUAGUCUUCCUGAUUGAUGUGUCAAUGGGCUUUUAUUGCUGUCGUGUUCUCUGAGGAGUCAAGUCGAUUACAUGGAGAGCGUUUUAUACUUCAAAGUACUGUAGCAUGGAUGGAUAUACAGUAUCCAACAUGUGAACAUGUGAAUGGGAACAUGUCUUAGUUGUUCAGUUGGUUGUGGCAGCUCAAGUACACAAUGUACACGAUAUAAUGCAAAUAUUACGCUCUUACGUGCAUAUGUAACUGAUGUAGGCCUACUGUGUUUACAUAAUUGUUAAUGACUCUCAUUGUUGUGUGUCUCUCUCUCUCUCUCUCUCUCUCUCUUUCUCUCACUCUCUCUCUCUCUCUCUCUCUCUCUCUCUCUCUCUCCAAACACAGACCCACUAACGAACCAUGACCUCUGACCCUUGUGUGUACCCAGGUGUGGCGUGUUGGCUGUGGGAGCUGUCAGUCUGCAGCUGGCCUAUCAAGAGCUCUCAGGAGGAUGGACCAGAGCAGACAGUCUAGCUGAGGAUGCCCCCCGUCCCUCCCCCGCUCUACACCUGCUCUCUCACUUCUCACACUAUGCUAGGAAAACACACUCUGCAUCUCUGCUUUUGACCAACCCCCCCACCCCUCCCAAUACCUAAUUUCUCCCAGUAUCUCCAAUAACCUACUAAUUUUAGGCUAGAAGACCAGAGGACAUGUCCUUCCCAGAGAGUGGUCUCAGACGGCAGGGUUCUGGUGGGACGCGGCGCUCCAGCCCCCGCAGGAUGUCUGACCCGUGUCUGGUGUGUCUCCUGGGCCUGGCCCUCUGCCUGACCCUGUCCUCCUGCCAGCGGGCCGAUCUCAGUGGGAAACACCCUAUGGUCACCACGGGCUACGGCAAGCUGCGCGGCGUCAGGAAGGAGCUCAACAACGAGAUCCUGGGGCCCGUGGAGCAGUACCUGGGCGUGCCCUAUGCCACCCCGCCUAUCGGCGAGCGCCGCUUCCAGCCCCCUGAGGCACCAGGUUCCUGGCAGGAGAUCCGCAAUGCCACCCAGUUUGCCCCAGUGUGCCCGCAGAACGUACACGGGGUGCUGCCUGAGAUCAUGCUGCCGGUGUGGUUCACUGACAACCUGGAUGCUGCAGCAGGCUACGUUCAGAACCAGAGUGAGGACUGUCUGUACCUCAAUGUCUACGUGCCCACUGAGGAUGGUGAGUCCAGCCCUGUUCCAUCUAUCAGGCCAGAGUACACUUCCAGUCAGGCAGGCUCAGACUGUCUAGUGGUGCUACUGCUGGAGAUUAAGAGAUCUCCUCAGUUUUGGUCAGAUAAAUCAGGAUGUGAAUUACCUAACUGGUGUGGAGUAGGUUAGGUUCAUUUAAGGUUAGGAGUAAGCUACCACAUUUACACCUCUGAGGUAUCACUACUAACCUUGUGUUUCGUCUCCGGUUGAGAAGCAGGUCCUUCUUGGCUAUCUUACUACAGAGGAAGUCGGUAGUGUGAAAAGGACCAGGAUUCAUUAAAUGUGUCAUCCUCCUAAGCCAUUUUAUGUCACAGUGCAACUGGUAUUUGGUCCCAACAAGAGGGAAUGCUAUUGAAGCGUCUUUAUAGAGUGGUAUCAUUUGGAUCAUUCAGUCAGAAGAUUGUAAUCAGAGACACAAGGGCUCUUAAGCUGAGCCAAUAGACACCCAUGAGAUUACCAAAGAAUAGCAGCACUUACACUCAUGUCAGCCUCGAUUACUGUUUAGUCUGUUCAGGCAGGGUUGCCUUGAUAUACAUACUGUACUCUAGUCCUGUCAGAGCAAGGAAUUUUUUUGCCCAAUAACUUCUGCUCAGUAGCUUCAGUGUAUAGUAGAGCUGGGAAUUGCCAGGGACCUCACAAUACAAUAUUUUAUUUAUUUUAACAGGGAGUCAUGCUGAGACCAAGGUUUCUUUCACAAAUGAGCUCUUUAUACUCAUCAAUAAACAUCAAACAAUGUGUCAAUUGGCACCUACAGUGCCUUGCAAAAGUAUUCAUCCCCCUUGGCGUUUUUCCUAUAUUGUUGCAUUACAACCUGUAAUUUAAAUGGAUUUUGGGGGGGAUUUCAUGUAAUGGACAUACACAAAAUAGUCCAAAUUGGUGAAGUGAAAUGAAAAAAAUUACUUGUUUCAAAACAUUCUAAAAAAUAAAUAACGGAAAAGUGGUGCGUGCAUAUGUAUUCACCCCCUUUGCUCUGAAGCCCCUAAAUAAGAUUUGGUGCAACCAAUUCCCUUCAGAAAUCACAUAAUUAGUUAAAUAAAGUCCACCUGUGUGCAAUCUAAGUGUCACAUGAUCUGUCACAUGAUCUCAGUAUUUAUAUACCUGUUCUGAAAGGCCCCAGAGUCUGCAACACCACUAAGCAAGGGGCACCACCAAGCAAGCGGCACCAUGAAGACCAAGGAGCUCAACAAAACAGGUCAGGGACAAAGUUGUGGAGAAGUACAGAUCAGGGUUGGGUUAUAAAAAAAUAUCCGAAACUUUGAACAUCCGACGGAGCACCGUUCAAUCCAUUAUAUAAAAAUGGAAAGAAUAUGGCACCACAACAAACCUGCGAAGAGAGGGCCGCCCACCAAAGCUCACGGAUGAGGCAAGGAGGGCAUUAAUCAGAGAGCCAACAAAGAGACCAAAGAUAACCCUGAAGGAGCUGCAAAGCUCCACAGCGGAGAUUGGAGUAUCUGUCCAUAGGACCACUUUAAGCCGUACACUCCACAGAGCUGGGCUUUAUGGAAGAGUGGCCAGAAAAAAAGCCAUUGCUUAAAGAAAAAAAUAAGCAAACACGUUUAGUGUUCGCCAAAAGGCAUGUGGGAGACUCCCCAAACAUAUGGAAGAAGGUACUCUUGUCAGAUGAGACUAAAAUUUAGCUUUUUGGCCAUCAAGGAAAACGCAAUGUCUGGUGCAAACACAACACCUCUCAUCACCCUGAGAACACCAUCCCCACAGUGAAGCAUGGUGGUGGCAGCAUCAUGCUGUGGGGAUGUUUUUCAUCGGCAGGGACUGGGAAACUGGUCAGAAUUGAAGGAAUGAUGGAUGCGCGAAAUACAGGGAAAUUCUUGAGGGAGAGCUGUUUCAGUCUUCCAGAGAUUUGAGACUGGGACGGAGGUUCACCUUCUAGCAGGACAAUGACCCUAAGCAUACUGCUAAAGCAAUACUUAAGUGGUUUAAGGGGAAACAUUUAAAUGUCUUGGAAUGGCCUAGUCAAAGCCCAGACCUCAAUCCAAUUGAGAAUCUGUGGUAUGACUUAAAUAUUGCUGUACACCAGCGGAACCCAUCCAACCUUUUGCCUUGAAGAAUGGGAAACAAUCCCAGUGGCUAGAUGUGCCAAGCUUAUAAAGACAUACCCCAAGAGACUUGCAGACGGAAUUGCUGCAAACGGUGGCUCUACAAAGUAUUGACUUUGGGGGUGGUGAAUAGUUAUGCACGCUCAAGUUUUCAAUUCUUUUGUCUUAUUUCUUGUUUGUUUCACACAAAAAAAUAUUUUGCAUCUUCAAAGUGGUAGGCAUGUUGUGUAAAUCAAAUGAUACAAACCCCCAAAAUAUCCAUUUUAAUUCCAGGUUGUAAGGCAACAUAAUAGGAAAAAUGCCAAGGGGGAUGAAUUCUUUCGCAAGCCACUGUAAGUAUCGUGAAAACACUAUAUAUUGCGAUUCUCACAAUUCUAUAUGUAUUGCGAUUUGAUGUUCCAAACAUAUUGCUCACUAUAUGUCUGCUGCAGAGGGACGAGCGAGAGCCAUGAGAAAAUGUGUUUUGAUCAGUCAUGGAAAUAAAAGUGCUGAAAAAAUGUUGGCUCACUAUUUAAAAAUAAGAUGGAUAACAAGCUAUAGGAUUAAAAAUACUGGGGUUUCGGCUCAGGUACAGCCGACUAGCGCUAGCUAACGCUACCUAGCAACAAAAAACAACAACCUUGGAGUCAAAAGUAUCGAUAUAACAUCUUCCAAAAUAAUAUGUAACUAUCAACCCCCCCAUCACUUUAUUGAAGUAUACGCUCAGUGAAAAGGCCAGUGUUUGUUAGCUAUGCUACUCCCUCACUGUGUGUCCACAUUUGUAGAGUAAGUAUAUUUACGCAUGGCUUGAGGAUUGUUGAGACAUUUCAAUGGCAGAAUGGACUAAAGAACAUAGACAACAUUGGCAAGGGACAACAGUAAAUCUAGACCAAAGUAUGUAUAUACAAGAUCAUCUUUAUUGUCUGACUCAACUGGGCUGUGUUUGUUUCUCCUCUGUGUGCUCGGAAAACAAUAUUUUGCACAUACUUGUGAGACUUACAUUUUACAUUUUAGUCAUUUAGCAGACGCUCUUAUCCAGAGCGACUUACAGUUAGUGAAUGCAUACAUGUUUAAAAUUUUAAAAAAAAAUCAUACUGGCCCCCCGUGGGAAACGAACCCACAUCCCUUCCGGCCAAACCCUCCCCUAGCUUGGACGAAGCUGGACCUAUUGUGCGCCACCCAUGGGUCUCCCGGUCGUGGCCGGCUGUGACAGAGCCUGGAUUUGAACCAGGAUCUCUAGUGGCACAGCUAGCACUGCAGUGCCUUAGACCACUGCGCCACUCGGGAGUCACUUGACUUCUAGGUUUAGCAUUUACAUACAGUGGGGAGAACAAGUAUUUGAUACACUGCCAAUUUAGCAGGUUUUCCUACUUACAAAGUAUGUAGAGGUCUGUAAUUUUGAUCAUAGGUACAAAAAUCCAGAAAAUCACAUUGUAUGAUUUUUAAGUAAUUAAUUUGCAUUUUAUUGCAUGACAUAAGUAUUUGAUACAUCAGAAAAGCAGAACUUAAUAUUUGGUACAGAAACCUUUGUUUGCAAUUACAGAGAUCAUACGUUUCCUGUAGGUCUUGACCAGGUUUGCACACACUGCAGCAGGGAUUUUGGCCCACUCCUCCAUACAGACCUUCUCCAGAUCCUUCAGGUUUCGGGGCUGUCGCUGGGCAAUACGGACUUUCGGCUCCCUCCAAAGAUUUUCUAUUGGGUUCAGGUCUGGAGACUGGCUAGGCCAUUCCAGGACCUUGAGAUGCUUCUUACGGAGCCACUCCUUAGUUGCCCUGGCUGUGUGUUUCGGGUCGUUGUCAUGCUGGAAGACCCAGCCACGCUCAUCUUCAAUGCUCUUACUGAGGGAAGGAGGUUGUUGGCCAAGAUCUCGUGAUACAUGGCCCCAUCCAUCCUCCCCUCAAUACGGUGCAGUCGUCCUGUCCCCUUUGCAGAAAAGCAUCCCCAACGAAUGAUGUUUCCACCUCCAUGCUUCACGGUUGGGAUGGUGUUCUUGGGGUUGUACUCAUCCUUCUUCUUCCUCCAAACACGGUGAGUGGAGUUUAGACCAAAAAGCUCAAUUUUUGUCUCAUCAGACCACAUGCGUGCGCUGCAGGAUUUUAAUCCAUGACGGCGUAGUGUGUUACUAAUGGUUUUCUUUGAGACUGUGGUCCCAGCUCUCUUCAGGUCAUUGACCAGGUCCUGCCGUGUAGUUCUGGGCUGAUCCCUCACCUUCCUCAUGAUCAAUGAUGCGCCACGAGGUGAGAUCUUGCAUGGAGCCCCAGACCGAGGGUGAUUUGACCGUCAUCUUGAACUUCUUCCAUUUUCUAAUAAUUGCGCCAACAGUUGUUGCCUUCUCACCAAGAAGUCCUGUAGCCCAUCCCAGCCUUGUGCAGGUCUACAAUUUUAUCCCUGAUGUCCUUACACAGCUCUCUGGUCUUGGCCAUUGUGGAGAGGUUGGAGUCUGUUUGAUUGAGUGUGUGGACAGGUGUCUUUUAUACAGGUAACGAGUUCAAACAGGUGCAGUUAAUACAGGCAAUGAGUGGAGAACAGGAGGGCUUCUUAAAGAAAAACUAACAGGUCUGUGAGAGCCGGAAUUCUUACUGGUUGGUAGGUGAUCAAAUACUUAUGUCAUGCAAUAAAAUGCAAAUUAAUUACUUAAAAAUCAUACAAUGUGAUUUUCUGGAUUCCGUCUCUCACAGUUGAAGUGUACCUAUGAUACAAAUUACAGACCUCUAUAUGCUUUGUAAGUAGGAAAACCUGCAAAAUCGGCAGUGUAUCAAAUACUUGUUCUCCCCACUGUAUAUGGGAUUUGUAUCUCCAUUUUAGGCUGCCCAGUGUGCUUGCUUGUAUCAAGGGCAUUCAGUUCUGAGAAUUUCAGCUGUGCUCCUGAAAUCCUUUGUGUACUGAAUCUCACUGGAGUUGAGCAUUAGCUAUAAUCUGAUUUCAGGCAGUGUUGCCAGUCUGUUUGGGGUUAACCCAUUUAAUAAGCCAUUUAUAGCACUCAUAGAAUUAUUUUCAAGACCAGCACACCAAUACACGCACACACACACACACACACACACACACACACACACACACACACACACACACACACCCCAAAGGUAAAUUCCUUUCCUGAAGAUAAUAAUGUAGGUAUGACAUGUUAACAUGCUUAGCUCAGGAACCAGUAAGCACAGUGAACCUAGGAUCAGGUUGAGAGACUUUCCAUAUGCUACAGAUGAUAGCUCAUCUCCUUGGUUGUCAUGGAAGUCACCCUCUAUACAUUAGAUUGUCAUAAUUGGUUGACCCAAAGCAUCACUGCAAUAGAGUGCCUGAGAAUCCUAGCCUCAUUGGUUCCCACUAUUUGCCCCGAACCAAUCAUUUCAAUAAGAAGUGCUUGCCUCAGCAGAUCAGCCUUUCCAUCUGCAUCAAGCAGCGUUCUGACAGGGGUCUGCUGAUCUCUGAUUACAUUCUAUGUGACAAGAAAUCUAAUGCUGAAGAUUGACGUAAUAACUUAAAGGCACAAUCUGUAAGAUUUCCUGCUGUUUCAUGUUUUUUUUUCUUCAGUUAAUGAUAUACAACUGCCUUACCGUAGCAUAACCCAAACCAGAGUUGGGGCUGCUGUUGGGUUGAAGUGCAGACUCUGGAUUGUGGCUUUAAGGAGAGGGAUAAAGAGUAUUUUGCUAUUUUCUUUUGACAAGUUCUGCCCCCUUGUAGUUGAUACAUUUUCCAAGCAUUGAUUUAUUUUCACUCAAUAAAAGCAUAAUGGAACAUAGCAGUGUAACUUCAAUAUUCUCUUGAAUCAGGACCAAUUAAACACAUUUGGAGAGGGAAGGAUUUAUUUUCAAAGAUUGUUCUGUAUUAAGUAAAGCUAAUUAGCAGGUAGUUUUUAACAUAAGCCACAUUCACAGACAAACACAUACACACACAGUACUGACUCACAAAACUCACUCCACACAGAAUUGCAGUAGAUACUUUAUGUUGAUCCCCCUGGACUAUGGAUAUGAAGUACUGUUACGCUGACCUCACAAUAGAGACCCUUUUUAUAGACCUAAAUAAAUUUCACGCCUAUAUAGUGUUACUGUAGUAACAUAUUGGGCUUUGCUUCACCCCAUUACAUAUCAAAACCCAGCUCACACAGUGUAGUAGAAGUAAUGGGCUUAGGCUGCAGUCUACAUUUAGCCGACAUGCAUAUUUCCCUGUUUAUGGGGCGUUGUAACAGAGAGUUAGAGCGUCGCAAUCCCAUUGUAAUGUCUACUCAGCAGUACACUGAGAAGGAUGUGACAUCACAAUCCACCAGGCCACGUCUUGGCAGCAUUCCAAAUUAAUUUCAGUUUUAAUCCGAUCAAUAUGUUCUACAGCCAAACAAAAAGAUGGUAUGUGCUCAAGAGUAAUUUGAUGCUCCUGAGUAUAAUAUACAUGUAGACUGGGAGGAUGAUGAUGAUUUGGGGGGGGGGACUGAUAUGAAUAAUAAAUAAAUAUAUAGUUAUUCUGCAGUGUCAAUUGCUAUCGUGUGAAUUGCCUUUGAUGCAAGAACAAACCUCAAACAAAUUAUUAUAUUUUUGCUAUCGCAGCAGCCCUUGAUCUGGUGAAAAUUGGAUCAGGAUUGUUCUUCGGGGGAAAUGAGACAUCGUUGUAUACUGUAGCAGCCACACCUCUGCUAGCUCCUGCCUAGUGCAAUACAACUCCAUAGCUAAUUAGCCCAGAAACUGAAGGUUUAUCUAAUUCCAUGUACACAAAAGGGGGAUGCCUUUGAAAGUGAGCUUUGGGCUGGGAUGGGAAACGAGGGGAGACCAGAAACACUGCUGGAUUCUAGCUCGGCCUGGCCAACAGACAUUUUUCAUCCUGUUGGUUAAUUGUGUUUAAUCAUUUUGUUAAGUGAGGCAGCACCUUGAAUCCUAAAUAGUGUAUAAAUAGGGUAGUGUGAGUUAUGUUGUAAAUCUUUUCUAAAUACUGUCUAAGUACUGGAGAGAAGGGGAGAUUACUGUAAUUGGAAGGCCUGCUAUUGGCUUGUGCCAAGGCGUCAGUGUAAUGCGGUAGGCGAAGUCAGGCGCAGGACACAGAGCUAAUCAAAAGGCGUACUUUACUCGAAGGUAAAAGAAUGAACAACAACCUCCACGCAGGGAGGGAACAAACCCGCACACUAACGACAACCGAAACAUGAACAAACACCCACAACACACAGUGUGAGACAGAGGGUUAAAUAGGGAAGACAUAACUACAUAAUGGGAAACAGGUGUGACCAAUAAAGACAAAACAAGUCGAACAUAGAUACAUGGAUCGGUAGCAGCUAGUACUCCGGUGACGACGAACGCCGAAGCCUGCCCGAGCAAGGAGGAGGGGCAGCCUCGGCUGAAUCCGUGACAGCUUGUGAUUGGCUGAAAUCAUACUCUAUGUCAAGUUGCUGUGGGGUAUCCUGCUUGGGAGGAAAACUGAGUGUGUGUGAUUUGGUUAUUCCCAAUGGUACAGGAGUGCCUGUCUGUGAGUGAGAGUGUGUUUUUUACAUGAGGCAUGUAUUCUUGUCAUAUUCUGUCACAUAUUGUUAGGGGUCACUGCUCACACAGGCCUGUCGCUGUCCCCAUCUAUUACUUUCUGGGUGCUUAUUUGUGUGUGAAAGAAUUGAGUGUUCUUGAAAGUCAAAAUAAAAAAUGUCCAUGUCCAUACAGCAGAUAUAGUUCAUACAGUAUUGACAGUUCCAUAUCCCUCAUACCCAAGGCCUGUUUAGUGCACCACUCUAUGUAUCCCCCUUAUUGACUGUCCCUCUAAUGUACCCCCACCUUCUACCUGAAUCUGAGGCCUCAGAAUGACCCAACACUCACAGAGCACAGAGGAAACCACACAUCACACCUUUUGCCCAAUUUUAAGUGUAAAACCAUGGAAGGAGGAAAUACUCAGACAGAACCCCUUCUGCUCUCUGAGCUCCUCCCUCCCCCCCUCUCCCUUUGCAUCCCCCCUCCCUCCUCCUCUCUAUGCGGGCUGUGGUAGAGGAGGUCACAGACUCUGAAUGCAAAUCAGUUCCAUGUCCUUCCCCACCAGGCCGCUAUGUAGCCUGCUGCGCCCUCAACUCCAAUGAAAUUCAAAUGGCUUUUUAGAAUAAUGAAAACAAAGCUGACCUAAUGUCAGAGAAAAACACACACAGGGUCUCUGUUUAGUCCAGCUGUGCCUGGGUCCCUCACGUAGAGAAUCCCCUGUACUGUAUGAGCCGUCAGCCUGCUCGGCGAGAGCACUGUGUCAUUGCAUUCCUAUUUCCUCCAGACGCUCCUUAGCCAAGCGCCUCAGAUCCCUCAUUUUUAUCGCUAGCGGAUUGGCCAUUUACCGUCCAGGCUCUUUAUUAAAAAACAUAUUUCAGCAUGCGGGGCCACAGAGCCAGGGAUGGACGGAGGGAGGGGGGGUAUGGGAAUGGAACUGUGAGCACUGUGAGCCACUGGAGAAGCACGGUGGGGGCAUGAUGCUGUGUCUGACACCUCGUCAAACACACAGCACAGUAUGGUCAUGACACACUGGGGAAAUGGAGAAGGACUGCAGACAGCAGCUUGUGUUCAGGCCGCUCCACGCUCACUCAACCGUGGAGAAAGUGUUGACUGGGAGGAGGGGGACAGGACAGGAGCUGAGCUAAAUGAUAAUCUGUGGACCAUUUGGAUUUCACUGAACGCCAGCCCAUUACAUCAUGUGUCAGUCAGUCUGCUGCCCAGCUCCUAAUUGGAGCACAUGUAAGGGCUGAAAUAGAUACUCUGUACCACUGUUGAACCAGCUACAUUUCAACUGCACAUAUAUUCAAAUCAAACUUGUUAAAAUUCUUUAGACGUGUUUUUUUUCAGUGUGGUUGAUUUAUUAUGCGUAAGAUGUGUUUUUUUUCUCACUCUUUUGGUUGCAUCGCUGAUCCUGGCUGUAUCUGUUUAGUGCCAAUUUCACUUUAUAAAUGGUGCUAGAAUCAGGGGGCAAACUGCAGAAGAAUUCUGAGGUAAAAUCAUCAGAAUGAAAAUUGCUUUUUGGACCUUAUUGACCUGACUGGAAAACGAAGGAAAAGCUUUCAAAUCUAUCAACACUGUUCUUGCUCAAUAGUAUGCAGACAAAAGAGAUGCCUACCAUUCUUUACCAGACUUGUUGUGCCUCCACACAACAUCCUUUUCCUGGAAAUGUAUCAAUGAGUUCAUUGGAGUGAGAGUGAUGGCUGAGAGAUGAGGAAAGUGACAAUGAGGUUGUCCAUUAAAACGAGGCAUGUAUGUACAUACUGCAGUAUGGUAUAUGUGUGUUCAUGAUGUAUGUCCAGUGGAGUAUUUGAGAGUGUUUCAAGGAUGGAUGUGUGUAUAAUGUUGUUCUUGGCCAUUCUCAGACAUCUUGUUCAUCGCCAAGCCAUUGAAGCAGGUGUAUAGGUACUGUAACUAUCGCCUACUCUAAGUGGAUGGUUGUCAGCAUGGAGCUGAGAACUCUGUAGAACUGGCUCUGUCAAUUAGCUGUGAGAGAAGGCCCCAGCUACAGCCCCAUGCAGCACCACUGCACAUGCUGACACCGUCACUGAACACAGACAAACCUGUUUAUUUCUCUCCCCACAGAGCCAUGUCUCUGUAAGUAAACAACACUGUCAUACCUGCUUGUCGCAUCCCAAAAUGCACUGCAGAAAACAUCCCAAAGUGUGCUCCAGCACAACACAUUUUCUCCUCCAACACAAAAACCUCCUUUGACAGCACAGCAGAUCUCAAGAAAACACAUCCAACAAUCAUCUCGGAUUGAGCCUCCUCUCCCAUCACAGAGACAGACUUGGGCUUCCAGGAAGCAUUACGCCCAUGCAAAGUCUUUAACUGAAGUCUGCCACUCCAUUUCAAAGGGAGACAGGUUCCAUUUCAGCGGAGCUGCUCUCUGUGUGCAGCUUAAGCUCUUUAAUGGGUAUUAGAGCAGGUAUGAAAUCACUGUGUUCUCCAUUAAGCGGUUAGGUGUGGUAUUAAAGUGCUGCUGGGAAAGUGCUGACUGGGGCUAAUCUUCCUUCCCCUCCAUUACCAGGCUGUCUACCUAUCGUCCCUCACCCCCCUCACCCCCACCCCCUUACUGGAACUGCCCUUACACCGGGGGGACUGUGGGCGGAAGGGAAUCAGGUCAACAUUGAUCGCUCCCCCUAUAAAAAAGCACUUUCAUAUGAGGAUUGAGGAAGCACUCUAGUAAUGAUGAGAGAGAGCAGAGAGAGAGAGCAGUGCUGGUGGUCUGGGUGUGUCCCUGUUCCAGCAGCCAUUCAUACACCAGUGCAGAGUGUUGGCGAUGCGUUUUGCCAAUAGAUCUGUCUCCGUAUUUGCGGCGCAGUGUGACAGAGGCUGUUAGCACCUUAUGAGGGAGCCAUCAGAAGACAAGCGGAGAGAUGUAGUUAGCACACUGUGAGUCUGAUAAAGCUGCUAGCUCACCAACAGAGAGUACACUAUGUCUGAUAGAUGAGAGUGUAUCGCCAACACACAGGGAGAGAGGACCCACUGGGCACAGAUGUCUAUUCAACGUCUAUUCCACGUUGGUGCAACAUACAGAGGCUUGCGAAAGUAUUCACCCCCCUUGGCAUUUUUCCUAUUUUGUUGCCUUACAACCUGGAAUUAAAAUGGAUUUUGGGGGGGUUUGUAUCAUUUGAUUUACAUAACAUGCCUACCACUUUGAAGAUGCAAAAUAUGUUUAAUUGUGAAACAAACAAGAGCGUGCAUAACUUGAGCGUGCAUAACUAUUCACCCCCCCCAAAGUCAAUACUUUGUAGAGCCACCUUUUGCAGCAAUUACAGCUGCAAGUCUCUUGGGGUAUGUCUCUAUAAGCUUGGCACAUCUAGCCACUGGGAUUUUUGCCCAUUCUUCAAGGCAAAACUGCUCCAGCUCCUUCAAGUUGGAUGGGUUCCGCUGGUGUACAGCAAUCUUUAAAUCAUACCACAGAUUCUCAAUUGGAUUGAGGACUGGGCUUCGACUAGGCCAUUCCAAGACAUGGAAAUGUUUCCCCUUAAACCACUCGAGUGUUGCUUUAGCAGUAUGCUUAGGGUCAUUGUCCUGCUGGAAGGUGAACCUCCGUCCCAGUCUCAAAUCUCUGGAAGACUGAAACAGGUUUUCCUGGGAUGUUCAAAGUUUCAGAUAUUUUUUUAUAAUCCAACCCUGAUCUGUACUUCUCCACAACUUUGUCCCUGACCUGUUUGGAGAGCUCCUUGGUCUUCAUGGUGCCGCUUGCUUGGUGGUGCCGCUUGCUUGGUGGUGUUGCAGACUCUGGUGCCUUUCAGAACAGGUGUGUAUAUAUACUGAGAUCAUGUGACAGAUCAUGUGACACUUAGAUUGCACACAGGUGGACUUUAUUUAACUAAUUACGUGACUUUUGAAGGUAAUUGGUUGCACCAGAUCUUAUUUAGUGGCUUCAUAGCAAAGGGGGUGAAUAUAUAUGCAUGCACCACUUUUCCGUUAUUUCUUUUUUAUAAUUCUUUGAAACAAGUUCUUUUUUUCAUUUCACUUCACCAAUUUGGACUAUUUUGUGUAUGUCCAUUACAUGAAAUCCAAAUAAAAAUCAAUUUAAAUUACAGGUUGUAAUGCAACAAAAUAGGAAAAACGCCAAGGGGGAUGAAUAGUUUUGCAAGGCACUGUAAAUUCAUUGAAAUGAUUCAACCAUUGUGUGCUUAGUAGGGAGUGUCGUAAACACCAUAAAGCGAGAGUAUGUUGUUAGCAUAGCUAGCAUGCCAGGUGGCACAAUGUUAUUAGCACACCGUGUGUGUGUGGACAGGAUAGCGUGCUAAAUGCUAACAGUGAUUGAGAGGGACUAUAAAAGCUGUGUAGUGAUUGGGCCGGUCAUGUAGCGCUCCACUGACAGAUGGAGACAAUAAAGAAAUGAACAGGAUCCAUAUCGGCCAGGCUUACAGAGAGCGGCGCGCCAGUGGGGCGGCGGGUCACUCUGAUAAUGCUUGUUAUUGUCUGUCCCCUAUGGAGCGUUUAACCGCCGUUACCAUUAAACCUUAAUGUGGGCCACCUCUGUGACCUUGGCGUAGGGGGGCCCUGUCAGAAGCCCUCACAUGGCUGUGUAAAUACUGAACCACCACCCCCUGGCCGGCUUCUUGUAGAGUUACACUGGAGGAGGGAGAGACACUCAUCAUGUGCAUUGACGUCUCUUGAGUGUGCGUGUGUCCCUAGUCAUCCCCUCCAGUGUAGUUGGCAGACCAGUCCCCAUGGAUGUGGUGUAGAGGGCCCAGAUACCCUGUAGCCUGAGGGCUGCAGCACUGGGCUAAGUGGGCACAUGCUCCGUGAUGGGUUGGCAUUCCCCUGCCUGCCUUCUGACGGCAAAGAAUGAUGGCUUGAUUCUCUUCAUUGAUUUUCCUCUACAAAGCACUAACGUGUAGGGAAUAAAUGGGAAGAGAAGAGGAAGAGAAAAACAAUGAGAAAUGUUAUCUGGGGUCGUUGACCAGGCAGCUCUUGACUAGGUACUGUGCAGUGAAACAGGCUAGUUGUCUCCACAGGACAAGCUGUAUCUGUAAUGCUCUCUUACUUUUGGCUUACAGUUGUUUCGGAGUCUUUUGAAAAUGAGAGCGGGGAUGCUCUUCCUGCUCUGUUGUUUUUCUCCUCUUGUUUUCUUGUUCACUUUUUAGUUUUUCAUUUUUCAGCAAAGUGCAAUCUUUUUGAAGUUUCUCUUUUCUCUUUUCCCUCCCCUUUUUUCUUAACCUUAGGUCCGCUCACAAAAAAACACGAUGAGUCUACAAUGAACAAACCCAGGGAUGAAGGUAUUUUUGUUGCAUGUUUUACCCUUUUGUUGUAUUUUUCAAAGUUUUGGAGGGGAUAGUUAAAUUGAAUAACCAACUGAUAUUAUUUGUUUGUGUCUAUAAGUUUAAUCACAAUUAUUAUUUUUAUCUCGGUAAUUGUAAUCGUCUCAAUAUAAUAAGUCUAAUAAUAUACACAUACGUAAUAUAUAAUUUUAUACCAUGUAGACUGAUAUAGACAGACAUAUUCCACUCAUCUAUCAUCUCUCUCACCUUUUUUUUCUUCACUAUCUCUCUUUCUUUUGCUCUUUCUCUUGAUCUCUUUCUCUCUCUGUCUCUCUCACACACACAUGCACACGCACCUCAAUUGUUCCACAUACUCCUUUUUCGGUAUAUGGUUAAUCAACCAAUAAACAUGAUUUUAUUUGCAUAGAACUUUUUACAAACUCAUGAUGUUUUGACUGUAUUCUGACUUGCACCAGCCAAAAGGGGAAUAUUUAACCUUGUGUAAUGUUCUUUACCAUCAUCAUUUGGAUUGGGUCAUUUGAUUGAUCCACUUGACCGUUUUUUUAUUUCGUUUAUUUUUACAGUAAAAGCAUUAUAGUUUGGGUGGGUGGGGGAGGGGGGCUUGUAGGCUGGCAUUUGAAAGGAUUCCAAGCAGUGGAGCUUGCUACCUGACAUGCAUUACACAUGCAAAUAACCAGGUAACCAGUUGUUAAAACUAGCCAGGGAAAGAUGCAUUGACAUUAUGUAAUCAAGAGGUUUGAAAGAUCAGACUGUUACCAUAGUGUUUGUUUGUGUGUGUGCAUCUGCUCAGGUGUUUGUGCCUGAUUGUAUGUGAUGGGGGCGUGCAUGUGUUAGUGUGUAUGCUGUUUACAUGUUAAGUUCUCCCAUUCUGCUGUCUCUAAUUGCUAUGGUUAAAAGGAGACCGGUGUAGCUAAUCCAUUUGUGCGGGAGAGAGAGAGAAUUUUAGGGGCUGUUUUGAAGCAGGCAGGACAGUGAGAACAUUGUUGGUCCUGUAGGCCUGGGAUUUAGGCUGAGUGAGACUGCUCCCCUCCUCUCCCCAUCUGGACACAGGCUCAUACACAACUGUCACUGCAAGGUUAGAGAGGAAAAGGAUACACACAUGUUCUCACACUCAGAUGGACAAAUGGACUCUUAUCAUGCACUAACACAUGCACUCUUAUCAUUUUUACAUUUGAGUCAUUUAGUGAGUGCAUACAUUUUCAUACUGGCCCCCCGUGGGAAACGAACCCACAACCAUGGCAUUGCAAGCGCCAUGCUCUACCAACUGAGCUACAGGGGAACAUUUAUGCACUAACACAUGCGUGAAGACACACACGUAUGACCUACAAGCACUCUCACAUACACAUGUACACAGACACUCAAUCACCCUCCAUCACUUUCUUUCACACACACAUCCUACACCAACACACACUCCAUCACAUAAAAAAAGGGGCAGUAAAACCCACACAAACAUAGGCAAGGGGGAAGUCUUGACAAACCCCUGGUCCCCCUGCUCCUAAGGAUGAACCAGUCUGACUGGGUCCGUUCAGACCCCAGCUGCCAUGUUGGCUCCGGUGCUGAAGCUUAGAAACACCUCCAUGAGAAAGAAUGAGUUAUAUUUACUGUACAGAGUGAUGUGCAGCUAUAUACAGUUGAAGUCGAAAAUUUACAUACACCUUAGCCAAAUAUAUUUAAACACAGUUGUUCACAAUUCCUGACAUUUAAUCCUAGUAAAAAUGCCCUGUUUUAGGUCAGUUAGGAUCACCACUUUAUUUUAAGAAUGUGAAAUGUCAGAAUAAUAGUAGAGAGAAUUAUUUAUUUCAGCAUUUAUUUAUUUCAUCACGUUCCCAGUGGGUCAGAAGUUUACAUACACUCAAUUAGUAUUUGGUAGCAUUGCAUUUCAGUUGUUUAACUUCGGUCAAACGUUUUGGGUAGCCUUCCACAAGCUUCCCACAAUAAGUUGGGUGAAUUUUGGCCCAUUCCUCUUCACAGAGUUGGUGUAACUGAGUCAGGUUUGUAGGCCUCCUUGCUCGGACACGCUUUUUCAGUUCUGCCUACACAUUUUCUAUAGGAUUGAGGUCAGGGCUUUGUGAUGGCCACUCCAAUACCUUGACUUUGUUGUCCUUAAGCCAUUUUGCCACAACUUUGGAAGUAUGCUUGGGGUCAUUGUCCAUUUGGAAGACCCAUUUGCGACCAAGCUUUAACUUCCUGACUGAUGUCUUGAGAUGUUGCUUUAAUAUAUCCACAUAAUUUCCCUACCUCAUGAUGCCAUCUAUUUUGUGAAGUGCACCAGUCCCUCCUGCAGCAAAGCACCCCCACAGCAUGAUGCUGCCACCUCCGUGCUUCACGGUUGGGAUGGUGUUCUUCGGCUUGCAAGCGUCCACCUUUUUCCUCCAAACAUAACGAUGGUCAUUAUGGUCAAACAGUUCUAUUUUUGUUUCAUCAGACCAGAGGACAUUUCUCCAAAAAGUACGAUCUUUGUCCCCAUGUGCAGUUGUAAACCGUAGUCUGGCUUUUUUAUGGCGGUUUUGGAGCAGUGGCUUCUUCCUUGCUGAGUGGCCUUUCAGGUUAUGUCGAUAUAGGACUCGUUUUACUGUCGAUAUAGAUACUUUUGUACCUGUUUUCUCCAGCAUCUUCACAAGGUCCUUUGCUGUUGUUCUGGGAUUGAUUUGCACUUUUCGCACCAAAUUACGUUCAUCUCUAGGAGACAGAACGCGUCUCCUUCCUGAGCGGUAUGACGGCUGCGUGGUCCCAUGGUGUUUAUACUUGCAUAUUAUUGUUUGUACAGAUGAACGUGGUACCUUCAGGCAUUUGAAAAUUGCUCCCAAGGAUGAACCAGACUUGUGGAGGUCUACAAUUUUUUUUCUGAGGUCUUGGCUGAUUUCUUUUGCUUUUUCCCAUGAUGUCAAGCAAAGAGGCACUGAGUUUGAAGGUAGGCCUUGAAAUACAUCCACAGGUACACCUCCAAUUGAAUCAAAUGAUGUCAAUUAGCCUAUCAGAACCUUCUAUAGCCAUGACAUCAUUUGUUGGAAAAAUUUAUUGAGUCAUGCACAAAGUAGAUGGCAAGUCGGAUAGGACAAAACUAUAGUUUGUUAACAAGAAAUGUGUGUAGUGGUUGAAAAACGGCUUUUAAUGACUCCAACCUAAGUGUAUGUAAACUUCCGACUUCAACUGUAUAUGUAUAUAUAGUGGGAAGAACAGGUAUUUGAUACACUGGCGAUUUUGCAGGUUUUCCUACUUACAAAGCAUGUAGAGGUCUGUAAUUUAUCAUGGGUACACUUCAACUGUGAGAGACGGAAUCUAAAACAAAAAUCCAGAAAAUCACAUUGUAUGAUUUUUAAGUAAUUAAUUUGCAUUUUAUUGCAUGACAUAAGUAUAUGAUCACCUACCAACCAGUAUGAAUUCCGGCUCUCACAGACCUGUUAGUUUUUCUUUAAGAAGCCCUCCUGUUCUCCACUCAUUACCUGUAUUAACUGCACCUGUUUGAACUCGUUACCUGUAUAAAAGACACCUGUCCACACACUCAAUCAAACAGACUCCAACCUCUCCACAAUGACCAAGACCAGAGAGCUGUGUAAGGACAUCAGGGAUAAAAUUUUAGAGCUGCACAAGGCUGGGAUGGGCUACAGGACAAUAGGCAAGCAGCUUGGUGAGAAGGCAACAACUGUUGGCGCAAUUAUUAGAAAAUGGAAGAAGUUCAAGAUGACGGUCCAUCACCAUCGGUCUGGGGCUCCAUGCAAGAUCUCACCUCGUGGGGCAUCAAUGAUCAUGAGGAAGGUGAGGGAUCAGCCCAGAACUACACGGCAGGACCUGGUUAAUGACCUGAAGAGAGCUGGGACCACAGUCUCAAAUAAAACCAUUAGUAACACACUAUGCCGUCAUGGAUUAAAAUCCUGCAGCGCACGCAAGGUCCCCCUGCUCAAGCCAGCGCAUGUCCAGGCCCGUCUGAAGUUUGCCAAUGACCAUCUGGAUGAUCCAGAGGAGGAAUGGGAGAAGGUCAUGUGGUCUGAUGAGACAAAAAUAGAGCUUUUUGGUCUAAACUCCACUCGCCGUGUUUGGAGGAAGAAGAAGGAUGAGUACAACCCCAAGAACACCAUCCCAACUGUGAAGCAUGGAGGUGGAAACAUCAUUCUUUGGGGAUGCUUUUCUGCAAAGGGGACAGGACGACUGCACCAUAUUGAGGGGAGGAUGGAUGGGGCCAUGUAUCGCGAGAUCUUGGCCAACAACCUCCUUCCCUCAGUAAGAGCAUUGAAGAUGGGUCGUGGCUGGGUCUUCCAGCAUGACAACGACCCGAAACACACAGCCAGGGCAACUAAGGAGUGGCUCCGUAAGAAGCAUCUCAAGGUCCUGGAGUGGCCUAGCCAGUCUCCAGACCUGAACCCAAUAGAAAAUCUUUAGAGGGAGCUGAAAGUCCGUAUUGCCCAGCGACAGCCCCGAAACCUGAAGGAUCUGGAGAAGGUCUGUAUGGAGGAGUGGGCCAAAAUCUCUGCUGCAGUGUGUGCAAACCUGGUCAAGACCUACAGGAAACGUAUGAUCUCUGUAAUUGCAAACAAAGGUUUCUGUACCAAAUAUUAAGUUCUGCUUUUCUGAUGUAUCAAAUACUUAUGUCAUGCAAUAGAAUGCAAAUUAAUUACUUUAAAAUCAUACAAUGUGAUUUUCUGGAUUUUUGUUUUAGAUUCCGUCUCUCACAGUUGAAGUGUACCUAUGAUAAAAAUUACAGACCUCUACAUGCUUUGUAAGUAGGAAAACCUGCAAAAUCGGCAGUGUAUCAAAUACUUGUUCUCCCCACUGUAUAUAUGAUGUACAGUGCCUUCAGAAAGUAUUCACACCCCUUUACUUUUUCCACAUUUUGUUGAGUCACAGCCCAAAUAAAAAAUGUCACGAUUUAUACACAAUACCCCAUAAUGUCAAAGUGGAAUUUUUUUGGUAGAAAAUGUUCGAAAUUAAUAGAAAGGUCCCUCAGUCGAGCAGUGAAUUUCAAGCAUAGAUUCAACCACAAAGACCAGGAAGAUUUUUCAAUUAUUUGCAAAAAGGGCACCAAUUGCUAGAUGUGUAAAGAAGAAAAAAGUUAUUAAUUAUCCCUACAAAGAUACAGGUGUCCUUCCAAACUCCGUUGCCGGAGAGGAAGGAAACUGCUCAGGGAUUUCACCAUGAGGCCAAUGGUUGUGAUAUGAGAACUGAGGAUGGAUCAACAACAUUGUAGUUACUCCACAAUACUAACCUAAAUGACAGAGUGAAAAGAAGGAAGAAUAAAAAUAUUCCAAAACAUGCAUCAAGACACUUAAGUAAUACUGCAAAAAUUGUGGCAAAGAAAUCAACUUUUUCUUCCUAAAUACAAAGUGUUGUUUGGGACAAAUCCAACACAUCACUGAGUACUACUCUUCAUAUUUUCAAGCAUGGUAGUGGCUGCAUCAUGUUAUGGGUAUGCUUGUUAUUGGCAAGGACUAGGGAGUUUUUUAGGAAAUAAAUAAAUGGAAUACAGCUAAGCACAGGCAAAAUCUGCGAGGAAAACCUGGUUCAGUCUUCUUUCCUACAGACACUGGGAGACAAAUCCACCUUUCAGCAGGACAAUAACCUAAAACACAAGGCCAAAUCUACACUGGAGUUGCUUACCAAGACGACAUUGAAUGUUCCUGAGUGGCCUAGUUACAGUUUUGACUUAAAUUGGCUUGAAAAUGGCUUUCUAGCAAUGAUCAACAACCAACUUGACAGAGCUUGAAGAUAAAAAAAUAAAUACAAAUAUUGUACAAUCCAGGUGUGCAAAGCUCUUACAGACUUACCCAAAAUGACUCACCGCUGUAAUCGCUGCUAAAGUUGUUUCUAACAUGUAUUGUCUCAGGGGGGUGAAUGCUUAUCUAAUCAAUAUAUAUUAGUGUUUUACCUUUCAUAAAUUUGUUAUAUAUGUACAUUUUUCUUCCACUUUGACAUUACAGAGUAUUUUGUGUAGAUAGUUGACCAAAAAUGACAAUUAGAUCCAUUUUAAUCCCACUUGUAACACAACAAAAUUUGGAAAAAGUCAAGGGGUGUGAAUACUUUCUGAAAACUGUAAAUAUUAUAUACAUGUGCAUAUUACAUGCAUGCCACAAGUGUGGCAAUGUCUAAAAGCUGUCCCUGUGAUUGGGUAUGUUACUAACAUUGUUAAUAGUUUGAUGAAAUGUUUGGAUGGCGUGUUAGCCUGCUGUCUGUCCAGAUGUGAGUCAGUCACUUAGUGAGAUGUCUCUCUGAGGAGACAAGUACACCUGGAGAGUCCUGCAGGUGGCUCAAACACACAUUUACUCUCCUACCUCUGUGAGUCACCAUGAACACGUGCACAGACACACACAUAAUGCAACAUGUACAUCAUCAUGUUAGAUGCGUACGAACAUACACACACAAACAAACUCAAAUGCACAUGUGCAUUCAGAAAGUAUUCAGACCCCUUGACAUUUUCCACAUUUUGUUAAGUUACAGCCUUAUUCUAAAAUGGAUUAAGUUGUUUGUUUCCUACACACAAUACCCCAUAAUGACAAAGCAACAACAGUUUUUAGAAAUGUUUGCAAAUGUAUUAAAAAUGAAAAAAUAGAAAUAUCACAUUUACAUAAGUAUUCAGACCCUUUACUCAGUACUUUGUUGAAGCACCUUUGGCAGCGAUUACAGCCUUGAGUCUUCUUGGGUAUGACGCUACAAGCUUGGCACACCUGUAUUUGGGGAGUUUCUCUCAUUCUUCUCUGCAGAUCCUCUUAAGCUCUGUCAGGUUGGAUGGGGAGCGUCGCUGCACAGCUAUUUUCAGGUCUCUCCGGAGAUGUUCGAUCGGGUUCAAGUCCGGACUCUGGCUGGGCCACUCAAGGACAUUCAGAGACUUGUCCCGAAGCCUGUUGGAAGGUGAACCUUCACCACAAAGGCCUGUUUGGUGGAGUGCUGCAGAGAUGGUUGUCCUUCUGGAAGGUUCUCCCAUCUCCACAGAGGAUCUCUGGAGCUCUGUCAGAGUGACAAUCGGGUUCUUGGUCACCUCCCUGACCAGGGCCCUUCUCCCCCAUUUGCUCAGUUUGGCCGGGCGGCCAGCUCUAGGAAGAGUCUUGGUGGUUCUAAACUUUGGAGGCCACUGUGUUCUUGGAGACCUUUAAUGCUGCAGACAUUUUUUUGUACCCUUCCCCAGAUCUGUGCAUCGACGCAAUCCUGUCUCGGAGCUCUAGGGACAAUUCCUUUGACCUCAUGGCUUGUUUUUUGCUGACAUGCACUGUCAAAUGUGGAACCUUAUAUAGACAGGUGUGUGCCUUUCCAAAUCAUGUCCAAUUAAUUGAAUUUACCACAGUUGGACUCCAAGUUGUAGAAACAUCUCAAGGAUGAUCAAUGGAAACAGGAUGCACCUAAGCUCAAUUUCGAGUCUCAUAGCAAAGGGUCUGAAUACUUAUGUAAAUAAGGUAUUUCAGUUUUUUAUUUUAAAGAAAUUAGCUGAAAUUUCUAAAAACCUGUUUUCGCUAUGUCAUUACGGCGUAUUGUGUGUAGGUUGAUGUGGAAAAAAUUUAUGUAAUCCAUUUUGGAAUAUGGCUAUAAAGUAACAAGUAGAGCGGCAGGUAGCUUAGUGGUUAAGAGCGUUGUGCCAGUAACCGAAAGGUCGCUGGUUCUAAUCCCCGAGCCGACUAGGUGAAAAAUCUGUCAAUGUGCCCUUGAGCAAGGCACUUAACCCUAAUUGCUCCUGUAAGUCGCUCUGGAUAAGAGUGUCUGCUAAAUGACUAAAAUGUAAAUGUAACAAAAUGUGGAAAGUCAAGGGUUCUGAAAACACUGUGUGCACAAUUAUUAGGCAAGUUGUAUGUUUGAGGAUUAAUUGUAUUAUUGAACAACUACAGUGCUCUCGGUCAAUCCAAAAUGUUAAUAAACCUCAAACCUGAAUAUUUAACAAAGUAAAAGUGAGGUUUUGCCUUUCUUUGGAGAAUAUCUAUGUGUGCACAAUUAUUGGGCAACUAUUAGUGUGCAGAAUUAUUAUGCAACUAAAUGAAAAACGAAAAGUUCCCCAUUGUUUAUUUUUCAUCUGUUAAAGUGAGAAUAAUAAACAAACAACUCAAAAUUGACCGUUUAAGAAGGGACCACAAGUUCUCAAUAGGGUUUAGGUCAGGUGAGGAAGGGGGCCAUGUCAUUAUUCUUUCAUCUUUAAGGCCUUUACUGGCUUGCCACGCAGUGGAGUACUUCGAUGCAUGCAAUGGAGCAUUGUCUUUCAUAAAAAUCAUGGUCUUCUUGAAAGAUGCAGACUUUUUCCUGUACCACUGCUUGAUGAAAGUGUCUUCUAAAAACUGGCAGUAGGUUUGGGAGUUGAGUUUGAGUCCAUCUUCAACCCGAAAAGGUCCAACUAGCUCAUCUUUAAUAAUACCAGCCCAUACCAGUACCCCACCUCCACCUUGCUGGCGUCUGAGUCGAAGUGGAGCUCCGUGCCCGUUACUGAUCCAGCCACGGGCCCAUCCAUCUGGUCCGUCAAGAGUCACUCUCAUCUCAUCAGUCCAUAAAACCUUUGAAAAAUCUGUCUUCAGAUAUUUCUUGGCCCAUUCUUGUGUCUUGUUCAGUGGUGGUCGGGUUUCAGCCUUCCUUACCUUGGCCAUGUCUCUGAGCACUGAACACCUUGUACUUCUGGGCACUCCAGGUAGGUUGCAGUUCUGGAAUAUGACAGCACUGGAGCAUAAUGGGUUCCUGGUAGCUUCACGUUUGAUUCUUCUCAAAUCUUUGGCAGUUAAUUUGCGUCUUUUUUUCUCAACACGGUUCUUGCAACCCUGUUGACUAUUUGCAACAAAACAUUUGAUGGUUCUGUGAUCAUGCCCCAAUAUCUUAGCAUUUUCAAGAGUGCUGCAUCCCUCUGAAAUACUUUUUACAAUUUUUGACUUUUCAGAGUCAGUUAAAUCUAUUUUUUUGCCUGAGGAAAAGAAGUUGCCUAAUAAUUAUACACACCUUGAUAUAGGGUGUUGAUCUCCUUAGGCCACACCCUUCCUCAUUACACAAAUACACAUCACCUGAUAUGCUUAAAUCCAAUAAACAUUCCAGUUUAUACAGCUUGGAGUUGGGAAAUAUGCAUAAUAAUGAUGAUAUGGUCAAAAUACUGACUUGCCUAAUAAUUGUGCACACAGUGUAAUUUCCGAAUGCACUGUAUAUACACUACAAAACCUUCCUAAUAUUGAGUUGUACCCCCGUUUGCCCUCAGAACAGUCUAAAUUCGUCGGGGCAUGGACUCUACAAGAUGUCAAAAGCGUUCCACAGGGAUGCUGGCCCAUGUUGACUCCAAUGCUUCCCACAGUUGUGUCAAGUUGGCUGGAUGUCCUUUGGGUGGUGGACUAUUCUUGAUACACACGGGAAUCUGUUGAGCGUGAAAAACCCAGCAGCGUUGCAGUUCUUGACAUACUCAAACCGGUGCGCCUGGCACCUACUACCAUACCCCGUUCAAAGGCACUUAAAUAUUUUGUCUUGCCCAUUCACCCUCUGAAUGGCACACAUACACAAUCCAUGUCGCAAUUGUCUCAAAGAAAAUCCUUCUUUAACCUGUCUCCUCCCCUUCAUCUACACUGAUUUAAGUGGAUUUAACGGGUGACAUCAAUAAGGCAAUCAUAGGUUUCACCUCGAUUCACCUGGUCAGUCUGUCAUGGAAAGAUUAGUUCCUAAUGUUUUGUACACCCAGUGUACAUUAAUUUAGCUCUCAUUCACACAGAUAAUUUAAUACUUUAUGUGGGUGUACAAUGAAAGAAAUUGUCUUGCAUCCUUUGGAGGUCACACAAACACACAACAGUCAUACAACGACAGUCUCAGAGACAAAGGGCUCGGUUCAAUCCGUAUCGCAGAAGUUCAGCGCUGUAGCGCGACUGAAAUUAAAAGGCAAUGUUCGCGGAGACGGCAUUCACAGUAAACGAUGCAUUACAUUUCAAUCGCGCUAUGGUGCUGAACUUCCGUGAUACGGGAAAAGUAUUUCCUGCUCCAGGUAUUCUAGGUGUCCUAGCUCUGCUCUAGAUGAGCGCCAGUCCAGUGCUAAGUGUCCCUCUCUGUCCCUGUAUGUGUGUGUGUGUGUGUCGUUUGUCAUGUGCUUGUGGAGUGUAACUGCCUGGUGACAGAGAGGAGAGCUGAUCCAUUAGCCAGACGUCACACCCAGGGCUCUGCUGGCCUGGUAAUGCUGGGAUAAUUGAACUUGUUUACAUCUCCUCUGGGAAAUCACUAGAGGCUCACAACACACUGGAGAGAGAGGGACAUGGAAUGGAAUGGAGGGUGGCAGUGUGUGUGUGUGUGAACUCCAUUGCUGAGUGUGUGCAUAUGCAAUGUUGGUUGCAUAAGUAUGCAUGUUGGAGAGAUGGGAAAAUAGUGUGUGUGUGUGUGUCAGGGCUUUAGUGUAUUGUGUGUGAAUGUUCAAGUCUCUCGAGUGCACUGUAUGUUCUAUAAAAGAUGACUGUAUGUGUAUUGAUAAAUUGUACAUUGUUGCAGUGGUGGGUGAGUGAUGCGUUCUGGUGCAUGUGUAACCUGAGAUUCAGGUUGCAAUGCAGGCGGGUGUGCAAAUACGUGAGUAGAAUUUGUUACCACGGCAACAGGCUCAGAGUGAGUCAAUGCAAUGUAAUGGCUGGUGCGGUUCUAUUAGGGAGAGAAGAGGCAGUUUCCAUAGCGACUCAGCAUCGCAGCUGCCUGCCUGUGUCUCUGUGUGUCUCUGUGUGUCAGCGUGCUCGCGUUUGUGAAUUUUCCUACAUGCAUCUCUGUGUCCGGGAAGAGACCUUGCCAUGUACAACUUUGUUCUAGCUCAUCCCAUCCCACCAUUUUCUUGUGACGUUACUCUUUCUCCUUCUCUCGCUCACUCCCUCUCUCGCUGUGUCUGUCUCUGUUCAGGGACCAUGUAUCUUUCUCUCUCUCUCUCUCGCUUUCUUUUCUUUCUCUCGCUCUCCUUUCUGUCUCUUUUCUUUUCCCAUCUUUCUCUAAGUUACAUUAUGUAUUUUCUCAUCUCUCUCUCUCUCUUUUCCCAUCUCUCUCCAAUCUCCCUCCAGAAGCUCAUCGGGGUAAACAGAUGCUGUGGCUGUUAUUUAUGUUUCCACUUGGUCUGGCUUUCAUAUGAAUUAUCCACAGGGCAGAUGCUAGGCUAACUGGGAAGCACUGGCAGCUCUGCCUUAUUAAAGACCAACAGACCGUACCACAGUACCUCACAGAGAGGGGGGACCCUGAGAAAACCCCAGAUCGUACUAUUAUACUGCAGUAGGAGUGACAGUGGCAGACUGUACCAUAACUCACCAGAGGGGACAGUGAGAGUUACAGACUGUACCAUAAUACCACAGAGAGAGGGGACGCAGGGAAACUUACAGAUAGGACCACAACACUACAAGAGGGGACAGAAAAAUACAGACUGCCAUAACAACACUAAGACGAUGUUCCAAUAUCUAAAAUGGCUAACCAUUGAUAAGAGACAGGACUGGAUAGGUUCCAACCUUAUAGCUAUCAACACUAUUUCUUUAACCUAUAAUGUCGCCUCAGUUCAGUAUGAAGAGCAGGAAUGAGGAGAAGAAGCUUAUGGGGAUAUAGUUAGAGAUGAGGCCACAGUAGAAAAGGGAGAUCGAAUGGCACAUACAGAUGUUGGAUCUUAAUUUGUGGCAGUUUGCUUGUGCAGGUAAAUAAUCCUGGAGCAACAGGAAAUGUGUAUUAUUAUGUCGAUUAUAAUGAAUGGACAUUUUUUGUAGGGGUUGAUCAAUUGUUUGUUUAGGGCAAGUGGAAAUUGCACACUUUAGAAGCCUUUUUAGACCUUGAAUACACUACAAUUUUGCAUUUCCUGCCAUGCAGGACAAUUCUCAGCAACAAAAGAGUGAUCAAAUUAAGAUCCUACAUCUGUAUGCAGAGAGGGAUAUAUUAUUUUUUGUGAAUGGCUCUUUGGACAUUUCUGUGGAUUGUUUUUUGUAGAUAGUUGAAAAGUUGUCAUCUGUUUCUCAGAAUCUAAAGUGUUUCUACUCUCUCAUCCUCUCAUCUUUUGUGUGUGUGCAUACUUCUGUGUGUGUCCAUGUCCCUCUCUUCGCCACAGAUAUCCGUGACCGUCGGAAGAAGCCGGUGAUGUUGUUCAUCCAUGGCGGUUCCUACAUGGAGGGGGCGGGAAACAUGUUCGACGCCAGCAUCCUCGCAGCCUACGGCAACGUCAUCGUGGUCACCAUGAACUACCGUCUUGGCGUGCUCGGUGAGUCUGUCUGUCAGCAUACUAUGACAUCACUUCCUGUUUGCACCAUCAGGGCUCAGAACUCUUAUUAUAUGGUUUCACUCUCCUGAAUUAGACGCCUUACAAUUACAGUAAGGGAAAAAAGUAUUUGAUCCCCUGCUGAUUUUGUAUGUAUGCCCACUGACAAAGACAUGAUCAGUCUAUAAUUUGAAUGGUAGGUUUAUUUGAACAGUGAGAGACAGAAUAAUAACAAAAAAAUCCAGAAAAACGCAUGUCAAAAAUGUUAUAAAUUGAUUUGCAUUUUAAUGAGGGAAAUAAGUAUUUGACGCCUCUGCAAAACAUUACUUAGUACUUGGUGGCAAAACCCUUGUUGGCAAUCACAGAGGUCAGACGUUUCUUGUAGUUGGCCACCAGGUUUGCACACAUCUCAGGAGGGAUUUUGUUCCACUCCUCUUUGCAGAUCUUCUCCAAGUCAUUAAGGUUUCAAGGCUGACGUUUGGCAACUCGAACCUUCAGCUCCCUCCACAGAUUUUCUAUGGGAUUAAGGUCUAGAGACUGGCUAGGCCACUCCAGGACCUUAAUGUGCUUCUUCUUGAGCCACUCCUUUGUUGCCUUGGCCGUGUGUUUUGGGUCAUUGUCAUGCUGGAAUACCCAUCCACGACCCAUUUUCAAUGCCCUGGCUGAGGGAAGGAGGUUCUCACCCAAGAUUUGACGGUACAUGGCCCCGUCCAUCGUCCCUUUUGAUGUGGUGAAUUUAUCCUGUCCCCUUAGCAGAAAAACACCCCCAAAGCAUAAUGUUUCCACCUCCAUGUUUGAUGGUGUUCUUGGGGUCAUAGGCAGCAUUCCUCCUCCUCCAAACACGGCGAGUUGAGUUGAUGCCAAAGAGCUCCAUUUUGGUCUCAUCUGACCACAACACUUUCACCCAGUUCUCCUCUGAAUCAUUCAGAUGUUCAUUGGCAAACUUCAGACGGCCCUGUAUAUGUGCUUUCUUGAUCAGGGAGACCUUGCGUGCGCUACAGGAUUUCAGUCCUUCACAGCGUAGUGUGUUACCAAUUGUUUUCUUGGUGACUAUGGUCCCAGCUGCCUUGAGAUCAUUGACAAGAUCCUCCCGUGUAGUUCUGGGCUGAUUCCUCACCGUUCUCAUGAUCAUUGCAACACCACAAGGUAAGAUCUUGCAUGGAGCCCCAGGCCGAGGGAGUCUUUUGUGUUUCUUCCAUUUGCGAAUAAUCGCACCAACUGUUGUCACCUUCUCACCAAGCUGCUUGGCGAUGGUCUUGUAGCCCAUUCCAGCCUUAUGUAGGUCUACAAUCUUGUCCCUGACAUCCUUGGAGAGCUCUUUGGUCUUGGCCAUGGUGGAGAGUUUGGAAUCUGAUUGAUUGAUUGCUUCUGUGGACAGGUGUCUUUUAUACAGGUAACAAGCUGAGAUUAGGAGAACUCCCUUUAAGAGUGUGCUCCUAAUCUCAGCUCAUUACCUGUAUAAAAGACACCUGGGAGCCAGAAAUCUUUCUGAUUGAGAGGGGAUCAAAUACUUAUUUCCCGCAUUAAAAUGCAAAUCAAUUUAUUUUUUGUUGUUCAAAUAAACCUACCAUUACAAUUAUAGACUGAUCAUUUCUUUGUCAGUGGGCAAACGUACAAAAUCAGCAGGGGAUCAAAUACUUUUUUCCCUCACUGUAUAUAGAACGAGGCGCUUUUCCUAAUCAUGUGAACUGACCAGGAAAAUAUCUGGGUCCUAGUUAUAGUCUACAGCUAGGUCCUGGAGUUGGUCCUGAUCACGUGACCCGACCAGUAGAACCAUCUGGCCCUAACUGCACCAUGUGACCUGAGUAGUGUGUGCGCUGCCCUGUCCCUGUGUACAGACUCUGAGCCAGUGGAUAGGAGUUUAGUCAGCUGUUCUGAGGGGCUUACUGCCUGUUUGUUUCUACAGCUGUUUGUUUGUGUACUGCACACCACAGAGUAUCCACAGUCUCCAUUGUUGUUGCCAGGUUGGGUAAUGGGAUCUGGUUUACUGUAUCAAGCCUGUCUCAACACAUCAGAGUAUUCAUAAAGAGAGAAAUGGGAGUAUUUUAGGAUACAGUCCAAGCUUUACCACUAGUGUAAACACAGUGGAACGUGAUCCAGACAGUCAUUGACAGACGGGGCCAGCCAGUAGAGAGGGAACAUACUGAGAGUUUGAGGUACACCUGGCAGCAGCUCUGUCCUGCCUGCUAGAUUUGGGCUUGUCUGUUUUGUGGUGCAUGUUUCAUGUGCUGUUAUGCUUUUCUACAUCUGUCUGACAAACUGGAAACAUUAGCGAGUGGAGCGUGAGAACAAUCCGCUGUGUGAACUCAAGUUUCCUUAAUGCACUAUUUAAUCAUUGCGCUGCAUCCAAACAGUCCUCAAUGGUGUGCAUGUUCGCAUCAUUCCCAAGCCAAAUAGUAGUCUUUGCCUGUGUGAUUUACAUACUGUAUGUCUGGUGUGUGUAGUUUACCUGUGUGUAGUGUACAGUAUUUAUGCACCACACACACACAAUGACAUACAGGGGUAGAGAGUGAUCCUGCUGAGCGAUGCAGAGGGAUGAUGCAGUGCCCUCGAUUCCUCUAACAUGGUUGAACAUUUUGGGACGUGGGCGAGUAGACUAACCUCUGUCUCUCUCUCUCUCUCCUCUUUCUCGCUCCCUCUGUUCUGCUUUUAAUGGGUUACUCUACUGUACUGAAGGGAUUAUGUGUGUGUGUUUGUUUGUGCAUGUGCUUAGUUUGUGUGUGUGGGUGUGGGAGUGUUUGUGAGUUUGUAUGUGUGUGUAGGUGCAUGUGGGUGUGUACGUACAUGUAAGUGUGUGUGUGUGUAUUUGUAUGUGUUUGCGUACAUGUGUGUAUGUUUGAAUAUGUAACAGUACAAUGUGCCAUCCAUCCUCACCACCUCUCUCAUUGGACAAAACAAUUUGCCUAAAAAGAGAAAGACAACUGCUCCACAUUUCAACAAUAGGUUUAGCACAUAAUCACAUAGUAUUAUCCCAUACUUAUACACACACACACUCACAUAUGCCAACCUUAUUUCAGCCUGUGCCUUUAACAGAGAGAUAGGGGGCGGGAAGGAGAGAGAAGGGGGUUAGAGACAGAUGAGAGAGGGAGAAACAGAGAGAGACAGAGCUAGAGAGAGGGAAGGAGCAACAGAAGGGGGAUAUGGGAACAGUCUAAAAAUAAAUCAUCAGAAGUGCUUUUUAAAUCUGCAGCGAAGCAAAGAAUUCAUUCAAACAAAUGUUAAUGCAAUGUGGCCACGGCACACACCACACACAUACAGGCUUAUGCACAUCUCUAUAUACUCUCAUACAGUUACAUAAGGGUUUCAAACAAAUUAAACGUUUGGUGGAUGUUAAGUUAAUUCAUGAUAUGCUUGUGCUUUGUGAAAGGGGAGAAUAUGUCAAUGAGAAAAUCCAAAAUGUCUGUCAUGUACAGUCCAGGAGUGUUUAGCAUGGUGAAGAUAGGAGUGUGUAUACUAGAACCUACCUACAGUAGAGCUCCACCCCAACACUGCUGCCUGCUCACCUUGCCCCUACCUUCCUCCUGGCUGCUCCAGGCCCAUGCAGCCUCCUGAUUUGUGCUGAAAAGCCAUCUGGUCAGACUAAUUAAACUCUGGGAAAGGGCCCACAAUCACUGGGCUGUGGGAGAGAGAGAGGCUUUCUCACAUUAGGAAGAGAGAUGAUGGAUGAUUCUUCUUCUUCUUGAUAGUAUGAGGCGGAGGAGGCUGAGGAGGAGGAGGAGUAGGAGGAGGAGGAGGAGGAGGAGGAGGAGCGGGAGGAGGAGGAGGAGGAGGGAGGAGAGGAGGAGGAGGAGGAGGAGGAGGAGGAGGGAGGAGGGAGGAGGAGGAGGGGAGGAGGAGGAGGAGGACGGAGGAGGAGGAGGAGGAGGAGGAGGAGGAGGAGGAGGAGGAGGAGGAGGAGGAGGAGGUGGAGGCUGCGGAGGAUAGUCGGAGGAGGCUGAGUAGGCGGAGGAGUAGGCUUGAGGAUCGAUUCUUCUUUUCUGCUUCUUAUUCUUGACCUUCGACGUCUGUACUAUGGCUUUUCUUCUUCUCUUAUUCGUCGUAUUCUUCUUCUUCUUCUUCUUAUUCUUCUUCUUCUUCUAUCUUCUUCUUCUUCUUUCUCAGAUCAGUCCCAUCUGAUUGACAGAAUCGGAUGA